CGCAGCACGCAAGACGCACGCAGAGCGCGAACGACGGCGCAGGCGCGCGGCGCGGGCGACGCGCGCGCGCGAAAACCCGCCGCGCGCGAGCGCGCGCGCGAGCGCGAGCAGCGCGAAACGCGCGAGCGCGCGCGCGAGCGAGCGCAGCGGGCGAACGCGAGGAGAGGGCGAGCGACGCAGCAGAGCGCGAGAGGGGAGAGAGAGCCGAGCGAACCGAGGGCGCGAGAGCGCGGCGAGGAGCGAGCGAACAAGACGACGAGCGACGAGCGGAGAGCGAGCGAACGAGACGAGCACGUGCGCGAGAGAGAGCGGCGCGCGGAGACGAGAAGCAAGAUAGGGGAACGCGCGCAGGCGCGAGGCGGAGACGAAGGAGCAGAGCAGAGAGAGAGAGAGACAGAGCGAAGGGCGAGAGAGCGCGCUAAGCGCGACGAGAGCGACGAACCGGAACGGGAGGAACAGGCGAGCGGGCAGAGACGAGAGCUAUACGAUACUUUGCGGAGCGGAGCGAAGCACGUAAUCAUAUAGGACGCCUCCUUCUGCUAAGACUCGACGAGCGAGUCUCAUAGCGCCGCUAAUACUACAUCUCUCUCUCGAUCUAUGCUCUCUCUUCUCUCUCUAUCUCUCUCUCUCUCUCUCUCUCUCUCUCUCCUCCUCUCUCUCUCUGAACCAUCCUUCUCUCUCUCUCUCUCUUCUCUCUCUUCACCGCUCUGUAUCUUGUGCUUUCUGCUGUCUCAUGCUCUCUCUGCCGUCCAUUCCUUUCUCUCUUUAGCUCCAUCCUCGUCACACCCUACAUUUCUCUUUCUACUGUAUAUUAGAUAUCUCUCUGGUAUGCCAUAGCCUAGGUCCCAUGGACAUAGUGGUUCUACUGUAUGGCAUCUUAUUGUGCUAGUCCUCAUGGACCUGUCAAAGCUUUGUUAAACACACAGUGAGCCGGGCAGGAGUUUACUAGGCUGAAAACAACAGGACACAUUCAGUUUUGGCCAUGUUUCAUAUCCCAAUGUUACACUGCUGUGCUCUGGCCUUACCUCUUUCUCCCUCUUCUCUCCAUCCUCCCUUGCUUCCUCCCUCCCUCUCCUUCUCCCUCUCUCGUCCUCCCUCCAUCCCUCCCUCCCCCUCUCGCCCUCCUCUCGUGCCCCUAGUUAUGUUGAUGUGUUCCCACCCUCUCUCCUCCCUUUCUCUCCUUCUCCCUCUCUCUUCUUCCUCUCUCCCUCUUCGUUCCCCCCUCCUCUUCUGCCUCUAGUUAUGCUGGUGUUCCCAUCCUCUCUCCUCCCACCUCUCCUUUCCCCCUCCCUCUCUCUCCCUCCCUCUAUCCCUCUAUCCCUCCUUCUCGCUCCCUCUCCCUCCCUUCUACCGUGCCCUAGUCAGGUUGAUGUGUGAAUACAGAGAGUGACUGUGGAGAGGCCAUUAUGCGUUGUUACUGCCAGUCAGCUGUCCUGGCAUCUGACCAGAGGCGUGACCGUACGCUUUAAUAAUGCAGGGCUGUUGAUCACUCUAAAUGAUUGAUGAUGGAGAGGUCUCAGUGAUAACACACGCAGAGGAACACAACACUACUCAUAGUAUCACUCAACUCUUUCUCUCUCUCUCUCUCAUGCUUUCGUCCUCUUUUAAACGCUUUCUACUCCGCUCUCUCUUUGGUUCGGUAUCUUCCUGCCAGUGAACUGUUGUGUGGUUGGGUGUAAUGCACUGUCAUAUAGCCUACUGGACACACAUCCAAACAUGGCACAGGAGCUGGAUAAGAUAUUGAUACAGACUCUCUCUCACUCUGUCUCUCUAUCUCUCAGUUUGGUAUCAUCCUGCCAGUGAACUUUUGUGUGGUUGUGUGUAAUGGUCUAAAACGAUGGAAAGAGCAGCCUAUAUGUGCACUGGCAGGCCUGAUCAACGACGACGAUGAGACAGCCUAUAGGACUGCAUCACCGCUUGGUAUGGCAAUUGCUUGGCAUCCGAUCGCAAGGCGCUACAGAGGGUAGAGCGUAUGGCCCAGUACAUCACUGGAGCUCAGCUCCCUGCCAUCCAGGACCUCUAUACCAGCCGGCGUCAGAGGAAGGCCCAGGAAAUUACUCCAGCCACCCAAAUCAUAGACUGUUCUCUCUGCUACCGCACGGCAAGCGGUACUGAUUCACCAAGUCUGGAACCAACAGGACCCUGAACAGCUUCUACCCCCAAGCCAUAACACUGCUAAAUAGUUAGUUAAGUAGUUAAUCAAAUAGCUACCCAGACUAUCUGAAUUGACCCUUUUUGCACUAACCUUUUUGACACAUCACAUAUGCUGCUGCUACUGUUUAUUAUCUAUCCUGUUGCCUAGUCACUUUAUUCCUAGUUAUAUGUACAGUGAGGGAAAAAAGUAUUUGAUCCCCUGCUGAUUUUGUACGUUUGCCCACUGACAAAGAAAUUAUCAGUCUAUAAUUUUAAUGGUAGGUUUAUUUGAACAGUGAGAGACAGAAUAACAACAAAAAAAUCCAGAAAAACGCAUGUCAAAAAUGUUAUAAAUGUAUUUGCAUUUUAAUAAGGGAAAUACGUAUUUGACCCCCUCUCAAUCAGAAAGAUUUCUGGCUCCCAUGUGUCUUUUAUACAGGUAACAAGCUGAGAUUAGGAGCACACUCUUAAAGGGAGUGCUCCUAAUCUCAGUUUGUUACCUGUAUAAAAGACACCUGUCCACAGAAGCAAUCAAUCAAUCAGAUUCUAAACUCUCCACCAUGGCCAAGACCAAAGAGCUCUCCAAGGAUGUCAGGGACAAGAUUGUAGACCUACGCAAGGCUGGAAUGGGCUACAAGACCAUCGCCAAGCAGCUUGGUGAGAAGGUGACAACAGUUGGUGCGAUUAUUCGCAAAUGGAAGAAACACAAAAGAACUGUCAAUCUUCCUCGGCCUGGGGCUCCAUGCAAGAUCUCACCUUGUGGAGUUGCAAUGAUCAUGAGAACGGUGAGGAAUCAGCCCAGAACUACACAGGAGGAUCUUGUCAAUGAUCUCAAGGCAGCUGGGACCAUAGUCACCAAGCAAACAAUUGGUAACACACUACGCCGUGAAGGACUGAAAUCCUGCAGCGCCCGCAAGGUCCCCCUGCUCAAGAAAGCACAUAUACAGGCCCGUCUGAAGUUUGCCAAUGAACAUCUGAAUGAUUCAGAGGAGAACUGGGUGAAAGUGUUGUGGUCAGAUGAGACCAAAAUCGAGCUCUUUGGCAUCAACUCAACUCGCCGUGUUUGGAGGAGGAGGAAUGCUGCCUAUGACCCCAAGAACACCAUCCCCACCGUCAAACAUGGAGGUGGAAACAUUAUGCUUUGGGGGUAUUUUUCUGCUAAGGGGACAGGACAACUUCACCGCAUCAAAGGGACGAUGGACAGGGCCAUGUACCGUCAAAUCUUGGGUGAGAACCUCCUUCCCUCAGCUAGGGCAUUGAAAAUGGGUCGUGGAUGGGUAAACCUUAAUGACUUGGAGAAGAUCUGCAAAGAGGAGUGGAACAAAAUCCCUCCUGAGAUGUGUGCAAACCUGGUGGCCAACUACAAGAAACAUCUGACCUCUGUGAUUGCCAAAAAGGGUUUUGCCACCAAGUACUAAGUCAUGUUUUGCAGAGGGGUCUUUCUGAUUGAGAGGGGGUCAAAUACUUAUUUCCCUCAUUAAAAUGCAAAUCAAUAUAUAACAUUUUUGACAUGCAUUUUUCUGGAUUUUGUUGUUGUUAUUCUGUCUCUCACUGUUCAAAUAAACCUACCAUUAAAAGUAUAGACUGAUCAUGUCUUUGUCAGUGGGCAAACGUACAAAAUCAGCAGGGGAUCAAAUACUUUUUUCCCUCACUGUACAUAUCUACCUCAAUUACCUUGUACCCCUGCACAUCGACUCGGUACCGGUACCUCGUGUAUAUAGACAUGUUAUCGUUACUCAUUGUGUAUUUAUUAUGACUUGUAUUAUUACAUGUUUUACUUUUCUAUUAUUUCUCUAUUUUCUCUCUGCAUUGUUGGGAAGGGCCCGUAAGUCGGCAUUUCACUGAUAGUCUACACUAGGGCUGUGGCGGUCAUUACAUUUUGUCAGCCGGUGAUUGUCAAGCAAAUAACUGCCGAUCUCACAGUAAUUGACCGUUAAUUAGCAUAAGCACGUUUAGGUGCAGACCUUUGGAACAUCUUCAUUUAAAAAAGUAUAAGAAAUCCAUUAAAUAUAGCCUACACCAUCACAAUAAAUCCAUUAUUUAUUUUAGAAAGGUCUAAAGAAACAUGAUAUGAAGAAAAUGUAGUCUAUUUCAGAAGAACAGAAUAGCAUACUCUGAGUUGUCCUUAUGUUAGACCCUGAUAUGGCUAUGCCAUAUGGAUGUGGGCUACACUAGUUCAUUUAGUAGACAAGAUUUCCUUAGAAUUCUGUGGCAUUGUUUUAUUAUUUUAUAGUAUGAAUAAAAUGUAAUAUAGCUUAAUAAAUUAGAAAGGAUAUUUUCACCAAGCGAUUUCAAAGGAAGUGCGCACAUGCGGCUAUUCUGUGUUGAGCGGUUAACAAAGAAACUGGUCCUCCUAUAUGCUUAAUUUAGAGUUAUUAUGCAACUUUAGUUGUGAGACAUAAAUUGGGCUAGCUAAGUUGGUAGAGCAUGGCGCUUGCAACGCCAGGGUUGUGGGGCCAGUAUGAAAAAUGUAUGCACUCACUAACUGUAAGUCGCUCUGGAUAAGAGCGUCUGCUAAAUGACUAAAAUGUAAAUGAAAAUGUAAUACAUUCUAAGGCUGCAUGAUGGGACUCUAAUGAUGAUUUGAAAAAAGUUGCAAGCUGCACACACUUCAUCAGUCUCUCAUUCACAAUUUGACAAGCACUUGAUAAUAUUCUCACCAGGCCUCGAAUUUCUCGGCAGCAUCCCCAUUGUGUGGCUGUAAUACCCCCUAAAAAAUCCAUGCCUUUUGCAGCUUAAGUGGCUGUUGUGCCCUUGGGCUGAAAAUAAUAGGCUAAUUAUAAUUCCCUUCUCCCGGCUGCCGUGCUCCGAAGCACCUCUCACUCACAAUCCUCUCUCAGAUGUAGCCAAUGACCCAUCACGUGAUCGGGUCCUUCUCACAGGCAUUUCAGCUAAGUAGGCUACAAGUGAAUGAAGCCAGACACAUCGGGGACGCAAUUGCACGCGUCCCUAUUAUUGAAUUCCGAGGCACAUAUUGAGUAUGUUAGAACUGUCCACAUUUACUUUUCGUCAGCCAACAAGAUGAGUAGGCCUAAUGAACAGCAAAAGCUCUAGCCUAUGUCAAUCUACUAUCCCCCAUAGUACAAAAGUUGACCUAUUCUAUUGGUCAACUUGUCCUUCUGUGCAAUAAAUAAAUAUUCCAAACAUACUCUGGGACAGUUAUUAAUACAACCACCCGCAUCAAAAAAGCUUUAAAAGCAAUGAGGCUGAUUGUUUAGCUUAUAAUGUUGAUAAACUAUUAGGCAUUUUUUUCACAUUAUAGGCCAAAGCACAGCAAUGCACACAUGGCAGUAGGCUAUAAGUGUGAAUGUUCCAAAAUGCAAUCAGUUGGCGGGAAAACACUGUUCUCGAAUGUGACGGCAAAUGUGAUUAUGCAUGUAAUGCUUUAUUAUAAAGGUGCAUUUUUAUGGUGAAAAUUAUCUUCCCCAAACUUGAAACUCACUAUGUUUGCCAUUUAGGCUCUAAACCGGUUGUAAAGCAGAUUAAUGUGCUUAAUUUUAAGAAGUUAUUUGGCCAAUUUAGUUGUGAUACAAACCUUAUCAAAACAUAUAGGCCUAUGGUCUAGGCUACAUGAGGUGUGCGACUAUGAUUGGAAAAAGUCGGCAAAAAAGGUAUGCGCUGUUUCUUGCCUUAAUGCACACGCUGGGCAUCAUUCACAAGUGACAAUACAUAAUUCACAAGUGAUAGGCUAAUAUUGUCUCCCAUCAGACUAUUCUUAAUUUAAUGUUGUCUUUACAUAUACUAAAUAAUAUAUGUGUGAUAUUAGUUUUGAUUUAGAAUGGACCAUUAUCAUGCACCUGUCUCGGAACAGGGGGAAAAAAAAUACAAGUCAUCUAUGCACUUAAAUAGCGAAUGAAGGACUAUGCACUUACAUAGCGAAUUGAGGACGCUUUUCCCAUGGUUCAUUUUCAUGCCAGCCAGGUAGGCUAUACUCCUGUUGUAAAGCGAAGCAAUGUGCUUAAUAUUAGGAAAGUUGAGAAAUAAAUAUAGCAGGCCUAGCCUAUAGAAAGCUGAUGGGAUCCUCCUCUUUUUAAUAGAGGCCAUCGCUCUGUUUUCUCACGCAAUCACAUAGCCUAUAGAAAUGUUGCGCAACAUGUGCUCAUGGGCACUCAUGAAGUGUUUGAUUAGAUUUUCGGUUACAUUUGUUUUGAUGUCAGAGUGAUUAGAGGGACAAUAGAGUGCUGAGUACCAGGCAGUUAGCAAGUUUGGUAGGCUACUAAUGACCAUCAGCAGCAUCAGAGCUUGGAGAAGCAUAAUUACCGUUUUUUUUUUUAAAAUUUUUUGUUUUUUUAAACCUUUAUUUAACCAGGUAAGCCAGUUGAGAACAAGUUCUCAUUUACAACUGCGACCUGGCCAAGAUAAAGCAAAGCAGUGCGAUAAAAACAACAACACAGAGUUACAUAUGGGGUAAAAAAACAGAAAGUCAAAAAAUACAACAGAAAAUAUAUAUACAGUGUGUGCAAAUGUAGCAAGUUAUGGAGGUAAGGCAAUAAAUAGGCUAUAGUGCAAAAUAAUUACAUUUAGUAUUAAUACUGGAAUGCUAGAUGUGCAAGAGAUUAUGUGCAAAUAGAGAUACUGGGGUGCAAAAGAGCAAAAUAAAUAACAAUAUAGGGAUGAGGUAGUUGGGUGGGCUAAUUUCAGAUGGGCUGUGUACAGGUGCAGUGAUCGGUAAGGUGCUCUGACAACUGAUGCUUAAAGUUAGUGAGGGAGAUAAGAGUCUCCAGCUUCAGAGAUUUUUGCAAUUCGUUCCAGUCAUUGGCAGCAGAGAACUGGAAGGAAUGGCGGCCAAAGGAGGUGUUGGCUUUGGGGAUGACCAGUGAGAUAUACCUGCUGGAGCGCAGACUACGGGUGGGUGCUGCUAUGGUGACCAAUGAGCUAAGAUAAGGCGGGGAUUUGCCUAGCAGUGAUUUAUAGAUGGCCUGGAGCCAGUGGGUUUGACGACGAACAUGUAGUGAGGACCAGCCAACAAGAGCGUACAGGUCACAGUGGUGGGUAGUGUAUGGGGCUUUGGAGACAAAACGGAUGGCACUGUGAUAGACUACAUCCAAUUUGCUGAGUAGAGUGUUGGAGGCUAUUUUGUAAAUGACAUCGCCGAAGUCAAGGAUCGGUAGGAUAGUCAGUUUUACGAGGGCAUGUUUGGCAGCAUGAGUGAAGGAGGCUUUGUUGCGAAAUAGGAAGCCGAUUCUAGAUUUAACUUUGGAUUGGAGAUUCUUAAUGUGAGUCUGGAAGGAGAGUUUACAGUCUAACCAGACACCUAGGUAUUUGUAGUUGUCCACAUACUCUAGGUCAGACCCGUCGAGAGUAGUGAUUCUAGUCGGGUGGGCGGGUGCCAGCAGCGUUCGAUUGAAGAGCAUGCAUUUAGUUUUACUAGUGUUUAAGAGCAGUUGGAGGCUACUGAAGGAGUGUUGUAUGGCAUUGAAGCUCGUUUGGAGGUUUGUUAACACAGUGUCCAAUGAAGGGCCAGAUGUAUACAAAAUGGUGUCGUCUGCGUAGAGGUGGAUCUGAGAGUCACCAGCAGCAAGAGCGACAUCAUUGAUAUACACGGAGAAAAGAGUCGGCCCAAGAAUUGAACCCUGUGGCACCCCCAUAGAGACUGCCAUAGGUCCAGACAACAGGCCCUCCGAUUUGACACAUUGAACUCUAUCUGAGAAGUAGUUGGUGAACCAGGCGAGGCAGUCAUUUGAGAAACCAAGGCUAUUUAGUCUGCCAAUAAGAAUGCGGUGGUUGACAGAGUCGAAAGCCUUGGCCAGGUCGAUGAAGACGGCUGCACAGUACUGUCUAUUAUCGAUCGCGGUUAUAAUAUCAUUUAGGACCUAUGACUAAACAUUGGACAGGCCAAACAUUGGACAGGAGCUGUGCCGAUGCAGACAUCAUGUCUGUUUGCGUACUGGGAGCAGCAGAGAAUGAGUGGACAUUAGUCUUUCAUAAACUAUUUCCUAUUUAGUGAGCUGAACACGCAUUUAUUGUGUGGUCUGUCAUACUCAUUAAUAAUCAUAAUUAAUCAUUUAGCAGACGCUCUUAUCCAGAGCAACUUACAGGAGCAAUUAGGGUUAAGUGCCUUGCUCAAGGGCACAUCGACAGAUUUUUCACCUAGUCGGCUCAGGGAUUAGAACCAGCGACCUUUCGGUUACUGGCACAACGCUCUUAACCACUACGCUACCUGCCGCCUCAUAGACUAUAUCAUACUCAUAGUCUAUAUCAUACUCAUAGACUAUAUCAUACUAAUAGACUGUAUCAUACUCAUAGACUGUAUCAUACUCAUAGACUAUAUCAUAGACUAUAUAAUACUCAUAGACUAUAUAAUACUCAUAGACUAUAUCAUACUCAUAGACUAUAUCAUAGACUAUAUCAUACUCAUAGACUAUAUCAUAGACUAUAUCAUACUCAUAGACUAUUUCAUACUCAUAGACUAUUCAUCAUAGACUAUAUCAUAGACUAUUCAUAGACUAUUUCAUACUCAUAGACUAUAUCCCACAGGGAAUCAUGUUUUGUGAGACAGACAGACAGACAGCAUCUCUCUGUUAUUGUAGCAGUAUGAAUGGCUGUCUUCAUCAGGCACUUCUGUUCUGUUCUGAUUAAUGUGUUCUUCACAUAUUAGAUAUUCUAUCAUAUUAAUCAUGUUGUAUUAUCAUUAAUCAUGAAGCAUUGUCAUUCUCCUGAUGUUGCUUAUUAUGGAGAGUCGAAAACUGACACAGAGACACAGACACUGCUGAAUCUGCUAAAUCUGACAUGUCUUGUCACUGCUCGUCUGCAAACAAAUUACAACAAUCAACAUACAACACCUGUCACCUGUUCUGCAGUAGCCGGUGUGUGUUCAGAUAGAAAUGCAUUAUGUAGAACAGAUAUGACUGUCUGUCGUGUUGAAUAGGGGAUCCUAUCAGCUCUAUUCAGACUAUUUCUACUGCUACUUUCACCUUACUGGUUAACCCUACUGAAUACACCAUGCCAGGUGUUUGUUAGUUUGACACCAGGGUGGGUGUUGGCAAUGCAGAGCUCAGAGUAGGAAUGCUGACCUAGGAUCAGUUGAGCCUUUUAGAUCAUAAAAGAGGGGGGGGGGGGGGGGGCUGAUCAGCAUUCCUACUCUGAGACGCUGUAUGGGCCCAGGUGUGUGUUUGUCACCCAGCUGGUUUUUGGCGGUUCAGAACUGACCUGAUGCAGAGAACUUGUAUCCGUCUGGGAUGUGGUUCAUGUGCGUGCGUUAGCCCCUCCGCACCAGAGCGAGCAGCAGAAUCCCUCAGGCUGAGGGGGAGUGGAAGUGACUGGUAGCGUUUCAGAAGAUGACCAUCGCUAUGAGGCCCACGCUCAAGGACGACAACUCGCCCCCUUUUCUCCUCUGUCUCUAUGGACCUCAUAUUCCUCCAGUGUGAUGACGUGUUAGUGCUGAUGAAGAUGGGGAGCCACAGUAAUAAAUCAUAUAAAUAAUAAUAGUAGAAUUAAGGAAUAAGGCCCAAGAGGGUGUGGUAAAUGGCCAAUAUACCACGGCUAAGGGCUGUUCUUACGCACGACGCAACGCGGAGUACCUGGAUACAGCCCGUAGCUGUGGUAUAUUGGCCAUAUACCACAAACCCCCCAAGGUGCCUUAUUGCUUUAUAAACUGGUUACCAACGUAAUUAGAAGAGUGAAAAUAAAUGUUUUGUCAUACUCUUGGUAUACGGUCUGUUAUACCGCAGCUGUCAGCCAAUCAGCAUUCAGGGCUCGAACCACCCAGUUUCUAAUAACAUAUACAGUGAGGGAAAAAAGUACUUGAUCCCCUGCUGAUUUGUACGUUUGCCCACUGACAAAGAAAUGAUCAGUCUAUAAUUUUAAUGGUAGGUUUAUUUGAACAGUGAGAGACAGAAUAACAACAAAAAAAUCCAGAAAAACGCAUGUCAAAAAUGUUAUAAAUUGAUUUGCAUUUUAAUGAGGGAAAUAAGUAUUUGACCCCCUCUCAAUCAGAAAGAUUUCUGGCUCCCAGGUGUCUUUUAUACAGGUAACGAGCUGAGAUUAGGAGCACACUCUUAAAGGGAGUGCUCCUAAUCUCAGUUUGUUACCUGUAUAAAAGACACCUGUCCACAGAAGCAAUCAAUCAAUCAGAUUCUAAACUCUCCACCAUGGCCAAGACCAAAGAGCUCUCCAAGGAUGUCAGGGACAAGAUUGUAGACCUACACAAGGCUGGAAUGGGCUACAAGACCAUCGCCAAGCAGCUUGGUGAGAAGGUGACAACAGUUGGUGCGAUUAUUCGCAAAUGGAAGAAACACAAAAGAACUGUCAAUCUCCCUCGGCCUGGGGCUCCAUGCAAGAUCUCACCUCGUGGAGUUGCAAUGAUCAUGAGAACGGUGAGGAAUCAUCCCAGAACUACACGGGAGGAUCUUGUCAAUGAUCUCAAGGCAGCUGGGACCAUAGUCACCAAGAAAACAAUUGGUAACACACUACGCCGUGAAGGAUUGAAAUCCUGCAGCGCCCGCAAGGUCCCCCUGCUCAAGAAAGCACAUAUACAGGGCCGUCUGAAGUUUGUCAAUGAACAUCUGAAUGAUUCAGAGGAGAACUGGGUGAAAGUGUUGUGGUCAGAUGAGACCAAAAUGGAGCUCUUUGGCAUCAACUCAACUCGCCGUGUUUGGAGGAGGAGGAAUGCUGCCUAUGACCCCAAGAACACCAUCCCCACCGUCAAACAUGGAGGUGGAAACAUUAUGCUUUGGGGGUGUUUUUCUGCUAAGGGGACAGGACAACUUCACCGCAUCAAAGGGACGAUGGACGGGGCCAUGUACCGUCAAAUCUUGGGUGAGAACCUCCUUCCCUCAGCCAGGGCAUUGAAAAUGGGUCGUGGAUGGGUAUUCCAGCAUGACAAUGACCCAAAACACACGGCCAAGGCAACAAAGGAGUGGCUCAAGAAGAAGCACAUUAAGGUCCUGGAGUGGCCUAGCCAGUCUCCAUACCUUAAUCCCAUAGAAAAUCUGUGGAGGGAGCUGAAGGUUCAAGUUGCCAAACGUCAGCCUCGAAACCUUAAUGACUUGGAGAAGAUCUGCAAAGAGGAGUGGGACAAAAUCCCUCCUGAGAUAUGUGCAAACCUGGUGGCCAACUACAAGAAACGUCUGACCUCUGUGAUUGCCAACAAGGGUUUUGCCACCAAGUACUAAGUCAUGUUUUGCAGAGGGGUCAAAUACUUAUUUCCCUCAUUACAAUGCAAAUCAAUUUAUAACAUUUUUUGCAUGCGUUUUUCUGGAUUUUUUUGUUGUUAUUCUGUCUCUCACUGUUCAAAUAAACCUACCAUUAAAAUUAUAGACUGAUCAUGUCUUUGUCAGUGGGCAAACGUACAAAAUCAGCAGGGGAUCAAAUACUUCUUUCCCUCACUGUAUGUGACCGACCGGCUCGAUUUGGUCUUAUGUAGCAAAAUUUGAAAUGGUGUUUUUUACAUUGGAUAAAAGUAGAGACUACACUACAGUUGAGGAACAAUGGGAAAGUAAAUCUGCUUUGAAAGUUGAUAAACUUGUAACCUCACUUUUGAGAAAAUGGCCUAUGAAUGUUUUGGCACACUCAGUCAAGAGUGCUCUGAAAUCGGAGUAGAUAGCCAGAGCGAAUUUACCAGCUCCGUCUAUCAACAGCUGUCGCAGUGACGUCAUAAACAUUCUAUUAAAAUGAAUACUUGCAUAGUGGAGUCUUUUGUUAAGACAUGUAACUAGCUAGCUAAACAUUGGAACCAUAAUCCCAACUCAUGACAUUACUACCCUGCAUGCCUCCUGUAGCUCAGUUGGUAGAGCAUGGCGCUUGCAACGCCAGGGUUGUGUUAGCUAGCUAACAUUAGGCUAUAACUAGCAAAGCAAAUGGCUCUGAGAUACGAAUAAUAUUACUACACAGAUCAUACAUGUAACGUUAGCUAGCGAGCCAGCCAGCUAACGUUAGCUAACUAGCUAACAGUACACUUUAACUUGAAAUGAAAACGACUUUCUAACAAACAUAGAAAUUUGCAAUAUCGGAAAAUGUAGCUAGCUAAACUAUUUUACCCGUAUACAUGGAUGGACGCUUCUCCCUCUCUGUCACGGAUGCCAUAGUUGCCCUUAGUUUGAAGAUGUAAUACGGAGACAGGUGUUUUCUCCUUAGCUAUCAUACUCUAAUUCCACUGAUUUCAAAACUCUGUCCUCUAGAAAGUGGAGAGCAACACUUAUGCAGUUCUACUACGCAAUAUAUAUUUUUUAAAGCAGUGUUAGACAGGAUUACCUACACAUACUGACCAGCUCAAAUAGACAGAAGCGUGCUACAUGGCUGACCAAUCCGAACUCAUCUCUCGGCAUGUCCAGCCCACUCAUUAUCUCAGCCAAUCAUGGCUAGUGGGAAGGUUGCUUUCUUUUUCUGUGGCUAAACCAACUAGGCUCAUAAUUUAACAAUUGUAUUCGUAUUUACAGAUGGCAUACAAGUUUGUUAUUAAGGCCAUUGAAAGUUCACAUGUUCCAGAUGGCAUUUCUGCCAGAAAAUGCAUUUGGAUAAUUUUUUUUAGUUGACGUUCAAAUGGCUCUCCUGUGAAGUAGUGACGCGCGACAUAUGCCUAGUUACCUGAAACGAGUCACAUAUGACAUUUAAAGUAGAGACACCAGUAGUUAUGUAGCCUAUACUUGUUGUCUACUCUUAAUCUCACUGGUUCACUGUACUGCACAUAUCCACCAAAGCUAUUCACUGGACUGGAUGAGAAUAUCAUCUUUAUUAUUUGAAGAACAUAUUUCAAACACUUGUAGUACCACUCAUCUAAAGACAUGUGGUCUUGCAUAAUAUACUUCUACCAAUGUAAAUGUAUUGUUACCAACUACUCAAUAACAAAACGUGAUUCCCCCAACGUAGCUUGUGUAAAAAGUGAUAGCUGACAAGUGUGUGUUUCUACAUGUCUCCAGGUGUUCAACACCUACUGUAACGAGGACUAUGACAGGAGGAAUGAGGAGGUGGACCCAGUGGCCUCAUCAGCAGAGUACGAGCUGGAGAAGAGGGUGGAGAAACUGGAGCUGUUCCCUGUAGAGCUGGAGAAAGGUACAUAGACCUGGGGCCGAUCUCAAAUAGACCCAUAUAAUCAUAACCUCAAUGCACUAUCCCGUCACUCCCUACCCCCUAUGCACUUCAUGUACAGUGCCUUCAGAAAGUAUUCACACCCCUUAACUUUAUUCACAUUUUGUUGUGUUACAGCCUGAACUUAAAAUUUAUUAAAUUGAGAUUUUUUGUCACUGGCCUACACACAAUACCCCUUAAUGUCAAAGUGGAAUUAUGUUUUACAAAUGAAUACAAAAUGAAAAGCUCAAAUGUCUUGAGUCAAUAAGUAUUCAACCCCUUUGUUAUGGCAAGCCUAAAUAAGUUCAGGAGUAAAGAUGUGCUUGACAAGUCACAUAAUAAGUUGCAUGGACUCACUCUGUGUGCAAUACUAGUGUUUAAUAUGAUUUUUGAAUGGCUACCUCAUCUCUGUACCCCACACAUACAAUUAUGUGUAAGGUCCCUCAAUCGAGCAGUGAAUUUCAAGCACUGAUUCAACUACAAAGACCACGGAGGUUUUCCAAUGCCUAGCAACAAAGGGCACCUAUUGGUAGAUGGGUAAAAAUAAAAAAAGUAGACAUUGAAUACCUCUUUGAGCAUGGUGAAGUUAUUAAUUACACUUUAGAUGGUGUAUCGAUAAACACAGUAACUACAAAGAUUCAGGCGUCCUUCCUAACUCAGUUGCCGGAGAGGAAGGAAACCGCUCAGGGAUUUCACCAUAAGGCCAAUGGUGACUUUAAAACAUUUACAGUGGCUGUGAUAGGAGAAAACUGAGGAUGGAUCAACAACAUUGUAGUUACUCCACAAUACUAACCUAAAUGACAGAGUGAAAAGAAGGAAGCCUGUACAGAAUAAUAAAUAUUCCAAAGCAUCCAUCCUGUUUGCAAUAAGGCACUGAAGUAAAACUGCAAAAAUGUGGCAAAGAAAUUAACUUUAUGUCCUGAAUACAAAGCGUUAUGUUUGGGGCAAAGCCAACACAUCACUAAUUACCGCUCUUCAUAUUUUCAAGCAUGGUGGUGGCUGCAUCAUCUUAUGGGUAUGCUUGUCAUCAGCAAGGACUAAGGAGUUUUUUAGGACAAAAAUAAAUGGAAUAGUGCUAAGCACAGGGUUAGAGCUAAGCACCGGCUUGAAAAUCUAUGUCAAGGCUUGAAAAUCUAUGUCAAGGCUUGAAAAUCUAUGUCAAGGCUUGAAAAUCUAUGUCAAGGCUUGAAAAUAUCAGUCUAGCAAUGAUCAAGAACCAAUUUGAAUAAUUUUUAAAAGAAUAAUGUGCAAAUAUUGUACAAUCCAGGUGUGUAAAGCGCUUAGCGACUUACCCACAAAGACUCACAGCUGUAAUCACUUCCAAAGGUGAUUCUAACGUAUUGAAAACGUAUCUAAUAAAGAUAUAUUUUAUUUUUCAUACAUUUUUUACAAAUGUUAGAAUCUUUCCUCCGCUUUGAAUUUACAGAGCAUUUUGUGUAGAUAGUUGACAAAAAAUGACAAUUAAAUCAAUUUUAAUCCCACUUUGUAAGACAACAAAAUGUGUCAAGGGGUGUGAACACUUUCUGAAGGCACUCGUCCCUUACUUUCUGAACAUUCAUAAACCACAUUGCUUAUACCUGUCCAAUCCUUUCUGGUUUACACAAAUGCGUAGUGAGUAGUGAUUGGGGUCGAUUUGGGGUUAGCCAUAAAAUGUUGCCCUGAUAAAACAGAAGAGAAAAUACAAAGCAAUAUUUUGCAAGCUCGGAUCUGCAGGAUUUGGGUUAGAUAGUGUCUGCAGGGUUAGGGUUAGAUAGUUUCUGCAGGGUUAGAUAGUGUCUGCAGGGUUAGAUAGUGUCUGCAGGGUUAUAUAGUGUCUGCAGGGUUAGCUAGUGUCUGCAGGGUUAGCUAGUGUCUGCAGGGUUAGAUAGUGUCUGCAGGGUUAGAUCGUGUCUGCAGGGUUAGAUAGUGUCUGCAGGGUUAGAUAGUGUCUGCAAGGUUAGAUAGGGUCUGCAGGGUUAGAUAGUGUCUGCAGGGUUAGGGUUAGAUCGUGCCUGCAGGGUUAGAUAGUAUCUGCAGGGUUAGAUAGUGUCUGCAGGGUUAGAUAGUGUCUGCAGGGUUAGAUCGUGUCUGCAGGGUUAGAUCGUGUCUGCAGGGUUAGAUAGUGUCUGCAGGGUUAGAUAGUGUCUGCAGGGUUAGAUAGUGUAUGCAGGGUUAGAUAGUGUCUGCAGGAUUAGAUAGUGUCUGCAGGAUUAGAUUGUGUCUGCAGGGUUAGAUAGUGUCUGCAGGGUUAGAUAGUGUCUGCAGUGUUAGGGUUAGAUAGUGUCUGCAGGGUUAGCUAGUGUCCGCAGUGUUAGGGUUAGCUAGUGUCUGACGGGUUAGGGUUAGAUAGUGUCUGACGGGUUAGGGUUAGAUAGUUUCUGCAGGGUUAGCUAGUGUCCGCAGGGUUAGGGUUAGAUAGUGUCUGCAGGGUUAGAUAGUGUCUGCAGGGUUAGAUAGUGUCUGCAGGGUUAGAUAGUGUCUGCAGGGUCCUCUCUUCAGUUUCCAUCUUUACCUCAUCCUUUGAUGAAGGGGAUUCUGCAGCAUUAGUACAAUUUCAAUCAACCAAAUUUACAUUUUAGUAAUUUAGCAGACACUCUUAUCCAGAGCGACUUCAUACAUUUUGGUACUUUUUCAUACUUAUCCCCUGUUGGAAUUGAACCCACAACCCUGGCAUUGCAAGUGCCAUGCACUACCAACUGAGCCACCCGGGAGGACGAAUGGCACCCUAUACCCUAUAUAGUGCACUACUGUUAAUCAGGGUCCAUAGGGCUCUGGUCAAAUCUUUUAUUUAUUUCACCUUUAUUUAACCAGGUAAGCCAGUUGAGAACAAGUUCUCAUUUACAACUGCGACCUGGCCAAGAUAAAGCAAAGCAGUGCGAUAAAAACAACAACACAGAGUUACAUAAAAAAAAAAAAAACAUCAAGUCAAAAAUACAACAGAAAAUAGAAAAUCUAUAUACAGUGUGUGCAAAUGUAGCAAGUUAUGGAGGUAAGGCAAUAAAUAGGCCAUAGUGCAAAAUAAUUACAAUUAGUAUUAACACUGGAAUGAUAGAUGUGCAAGAGAUGAUGUGCAAAUAGAGAUAUUGGGGUGCAAUUGAGCAAAAUAAAUAACAAUAUGGGGAUGAGGUAGUUGGGUGGGCUAAUUACAGAUGGGCUGUGUACAGGUGCAGUGAUCGGUAAGGUGCUCUGACAACUGAUGCUUAAAGUUAGUGAGGGAGAUAAGAGUCUCCAGCUUCAGAGAACUUUGCAGUUCGUUCCAGUCAUUGGCAGCAGAGAACUGGAAGGAAUGGCGGCCAAAGGAGGUGUUGGCUUUGGGGAUGACCAGUGAGAUAUACCUGCUGGAGCGCAUACUACGGGUGGGUGUUGCUAUGGUGACCAAUGAGCUAAGAUAAGGCGGGGAUUUGCCUAGCAGUGAUUUAUAGAUGGCCUGGAGCCAGUGGGUUUGGCGACGAAGAUGUAGUGAGGACCAGCCAACAAGAGCGUACAGGUCACAGUGGUGGGUAGUAUAUGGGGCUUUGGUGACAAAACGGAUGGCACUGUGAUAGACUACAUCCAAUUUGCUGAGUAGAGUGUUGGAGGCUAUUUUGUAAAUGACAUCGGCGAAGUCAAGGAUCGGUAGGAUAGUCAGUUUUACGAGGGCAUGUUUGGCAGCAUGAGUGAAGGAGGCUUUGUUGCGAAAUACGAAGCCGAUUCUGGAUUUAACUUUGGAUUGGAGAUGCUUAAUGUGAGUCUGGAAGGAGAGUUUACAGUCUAACCAGACACCUAGGUAUUUGUAGUUGUCCACAUACUCUAGGUCAGACCCGUAGAGAGUAGUGAUUCUAGUCGGGUGGGCGGGUGCCAGCAAAUGAAGUGCAUUAGGGGACCAUUUGUGACACAAACCUAGAAUAGAAUUCUUUACAUUGUAUGAUUCUCUCCUCUCCUGUUAUGCAAUCCUUGAGAGGACCAUUAAUUAUUUAAUUGGAGUGUAAUUGUUUCAUAAUGGAAAGGAAUUUCCCGUCCAUGUUUUCCAUUUCAGUGGGACCAUUGAUGUAUUUUGUAGAUCAAUCCUACUCCAUUAAUAGAUCAAUCAUCUAAUCUCUCAAGUGCUGUAUCUAUCUAUCUAUCCCUCCCUCCUACCCACAGUCAGGGGGCUGACAUUGGGGAUGGUAUUGACUGAAACACACACACACAGGGCACCCCCCCCCCCUUCUCUCUCUCAGACACACAGACAUACACACUUGCCAUUGUAUAACUACUGUCUCCUCUCUGCCCAGAUGACGAUGGCCUUGGUAUCAGUAUCAUAGGGAUGGGAGUGGGUGCUGACGCCGGUCUGGAGAAACUUGGCAUCUUCGUCAAGACUGUCAUUGAGGGCGGGGCAGCUGAAAGAGAUGACAGGUAAGAGCUUUCUGCUUCCUGAGAAGGUGCCAACUCAAUCCCUGUACACACACACACACACACACACACACACACACACACACACACACACACACACACACACACACACACACACACACACCAGUCCUCAUUGCCCAGAGAGAUUUAGCAGCAGGGGUCUGGGAUUACAGUCAGGCGGGAGGCACGGCCUGAAAUUGAAGGAACGGCUCUGGGAUGUUAUCACACUCUGCAGCUGCAGGAAACAGUGUGUGUGUGUGUGUGUGUGUGUGUGUGUGUGGGUGUGGAUGUGUGGGGGGGUGCGUGGGUGCUUGCGUGUGCAUGCAUAAUAUAAUAUAACAUAAUAUACACUACGGGCAUAUCAAAGUGCUAGUGUUUAAGUUAGUAGUAGGCAAUGUAACCAUAGUAGGCAAUGUAACCAAUCACAGCCCUCCUUUUACUUGUAUCAUUGCACAUCCUGCAAGUCACCAGCAGAGGGCGACCAUUUUGAAUCAAUUUUCACAUUCACUCUGUUGGUAAUGCUUACAAAUUUACAUUUACAUAUACGUCAUUUAGCAGACGCUCUUAUACAGAGCGACUUACAGGAGCAAUUAGGGUUAAGUAAAAUUGGAUAAUAACUUUAAAAGUAGCAGAGAUCCCAAUCUGGAACUUCAUAUGCCCGUAGAGUCUAUUAUGGUCAACAAUAUACAAAAAAAAUUGCCAAAUAAAUGUUUUUAUAUUUUCAAUAUUCAUGUUUAUAUUUGUCAAUAUUCAUAAACUAAUAUCAACAUAUUAUUAUUAUUUUUAUCAAAAUACUACUCGUAUUGCUGAGCAAGAGGUAGAGCUUCAUAUGACACCAAUGUUUGCUUUUUAACACCUAUAGAUGAAACAAUAUGGAGUCUUAAAGGAGGUGUGGGUAAUGCCAAAAUGUCAUAAAUAUGCCAACUUUGAUCAAUUAUUUCUCAAUUAUGCUUUUAGAUACACAUGGCAAAUAUAUGUCAACAAUCCUUCUUCCAAAGGACUAUUCUAUGGAUUACAUUUCGUGAAAAUAUUUUUUUGUCUGGGUUUUGUGAGGAAUCACUCAACACAGAGCUCAGAUUUCAUAGUCACACAUGCACACAUGCAUGGACGCAUGCACACACACACACAGGAAGAGAGAGAAAACCACUCUGCAUCAUCUUCCACUGAGCCUCCCAGUCCCACCCCACACCUCGCUUAAAUCUGAGGGUUGAUCGGAACGUGGUCUUGGUGAGAGAUUUAAUGUGAGACAGAGAGGCCUGUGGGUGUGUGUGUGUGUGUGUGUGUGUGUGUGUGUGUGUGUUAGUGUGUUUGUCAAAUUAAAUCAAUAAAUCACAUUUUAUUUGUCACGUGAUUUGUAAACAACAGGUGUAGACUAACAGUGAAAUGUCUAUUUACGGGGCCCUUCCCAACAAUGCAGAGAGAAAGAAAAUAGAGAAAUCAUAGAAAAGUAAAACGCAUAAUAAUAAAAGUAAUAAUAGAUACACAAUGAGUAACGAUAACUUGGCUAUAUACACGAGGUACCGGUACCGAGUCAAUGUGCAGGGGUACGAGGUAAUUGAGGUAGAUAUGUACAUAAAACUAGGAAUAAAGUGACUAGGCAACAGGAUAGAUAAUAAACAGUAGCAGCAGCGUAUGUGAUGAGUUAAAAAAGUUAGUGCAAAAAGGGUCAAUGCAAAUAGUCCGGGUAGCAAUUUAGUUAACUAUUUAACUAACUGUUCAGUGUCCUGUUGGUUCAAGACUUGGUGCAUCGGUACCACUUGCCAUGCGGUAGCAGAGUGAACAGUCUAUGACUUGGGUGGCUGGACAUCGCUGGGUAUAGAGGUCCUGGAUGGCAGUGAGCUCGGCCCCAGUGAUGUACUGGCCGUGCGCACUACCCUCUGUAGUGCCUUGUAGUCGGAUGCCAAGCAGUUGUCAUACCAAGUGGUGAUACAGCAAGUCAAGAUGCUCUCAAUGGUGCAGCUGUAUAACCUUUUGAGGAUCUGAGGGCCCAUGCCAAAUCUUUUCAGCCUCCUGAGGGGGAAGAGACGUUGCGUGUGGACCAUGAUAGAUCCUUAGUGAUGUUGACACCGAGGAACUUGAAGCUCUCGACCUGCUCCACUACAGUCCUAUCGAUGUGACGUUGAGGGAGAUGUUGUUGUUGUCCUGGCACCACACUACCAGGUCUCUGACCUCCUCUCUAUAAGCUUUCUCAUCGUCGUAGGUGAUCAGGCCUACCACAGUCGUGUCGUCAGCAAACUUAAUGAUGGUGUUGGAGUGGAGCGUGGCCACGCAGUCAUGGGUGAACAGGAAGUACAGGAGGGGACUAAGCACGCACCCCUGAGGAGCCCCCUUGAGGGUCAGUGUGGCGGAUGUGUUGUUGCCUACCCUCACCACCUGGGGAUGGCCCGUCAGGAAAUCCAGGAUCCAGUUGCAGAGGGAGGUGUUCAGUCCCAGGGUCCUUAGCUCAGUGAUGCGCUUGGAGGGCACUAUGGUGUUGAAUGCUGAGCUGUAGUCAAUGAACAGCAUUCUCACAUUGGUAUUCCCUUGUCCAGGUUGGAGAGGGCAGUGUGGAGUGCAUUAGAGAUUGCGUCACCUGUGGAUCUGUUGGGGCGGUAUGCGAAUUGGAGUGGGUCCAGGGUGUCUGGGAUUAUGGUGUUGAUGUGAGCCAUGACCAGCCUUUUAAAGCAUUUCAUGGCUACAGAUUUGAGUGCUAUGGGGCGAUAGUCAUUUAGACAGGUUACCUGGGCUUUCUUGGGCACAGGGACUAUGGUGGUCUGCUUAAAACAUGUAGGUAUUACAGACUGGGUCAGGGAGAGGUUCAAAAUGUCAGUGACGACACUUCAAAUUAAAUCAAAUCAAAUUUGAAUGGUCACAUACACAUAUUUAGCAGAUGUUAUUGCAGGUGUAGCGAAAUGCUUGUGUUCCUAGCGCCAACAGUGCAGUAGUAUCUAACAAUUCACAACAAUACACACAAAUCUAAAAGUAAAAUAAUGGAAUUAAGAAAUAUAUAAAUAUUAGGAUGAGCAAUGUCGGAGUGGCAUUGACUAAAAUACAGUAGAAUAGAAUACAGUAUAUACAUAUGAAAUGAGUAAAGCAGUAUGUAAACAUUAUUAAAGUGACCAGUGAUGUAUAUAGGGCAGCAGCCUCUAAGGUGCAGGAUUGAGUAAACGGGUGGUAGCCGGCUAGUGAUGGCUAUUUAACAGUCUGAUGGCCUUGAGAUAGAAGCUGUUUUUCAGUGUCUGUCCCAGCUUUGACGCACCUGUACUGACCUCGCCUUCUGGAUGGUAGCGGGGUGAACAGGCCGUGGCUCGGAUGGUUGAUGUCCUUGAUCUUUUUGGCCUUCCUGUAACAUCGGGUGCUGUAGGUGUCCUGGAGGGCAGGCAGUGUGCCCCCGGUAAGGCAUUGGGCAGACCGCACCACCCUCUGGAGAGCCCUGAGGUUGCGGGUGGUGCAGUUGCCGUACCAGGCGGUGAUACAGCCCGACAGGUGCUCUCAAUUGUGCAUCUGUAAAAGUUUGUGAGGGUCUUAGGGACCAGAAGUCCCCACAAGAAUAGUAAACCAAUAAAAAUUUGACCAACUGGGGACAUUUUGUUGGUCCCCACAAGGUCAAAUGCUAUUUCUAGGGGGUUUAGGGUUAAGGUUAGAAUUAGUGUUAGGGUUAGAAUUAGGUUUAGGGUUAGGAGAUCGGGUUCGUUUUAGGGUUAGGGUUAAGGUUAGGUUUUUGGGUUAAGGGUAAGGCUACGAGUUAGGGUUAGGUUUAGGGUUAGGGGUUAGGGAAAAUAGGAUUUUGAAUGGGACUGAAUUGUAUGUCCCCACAAGGUUAGCUGCGCAAGACUGUGUGUGUGUGUGUGCGUGUGUGCAUGUGUGCGUGUGUGCACAUUGCUUAACAGUCUAGUCUCGCUAAGGCAGCAGCAACUCUUCCUGGGGUCCUGGGGUCCAAACACAUUAAAGCACUUACAUUACAUAUAAAACAAAAAAUAAAACAGUACAUCAUAUAACAUUAUUACACCACUACAUAUCUACAAUACAACAUGUAUGAUACAAAAUGUAUAAUACCACCAUACAACAAUAUUACAAUGUAUGCGUAUGUCUGUACCUUUGUGCUAAAUUAAGGCAGUUAUACAAAAAACAUUACAAUACAUGCACAACAGAUUUCACAACACAUGAAGUGUGUGCCCUCAGGCCCUUACUCUACAACCACAUAUCUACAACACAAAAUCCAUGUGUACGUGUGAGUAUAGUGCCUUGCAAAAGUAUUCAUCCCCCUUGGCGGUUUUCCUAUUUUGUUGCAUUACAACCUGUAAUUUAAAUUGAUUUUUAUUUGGAUUUCAUGUAAUGGACAUACACAAAAUAGUCCAAAUUGGUGAAGUGAAAUAAAAAAAAUAACUUGUUUAAAAAAAUGCUAGAAAAUAAAUAACGGAAAAGUAGUGCGUGCAUAUGUAUUCACCCCCUUUGCUAUGAAGCCCCUAAAUAAGAUCUGGUGCAACCAAUUACCUUCAGAAGUCACAUAAUUAGUUAAAUAAAGUCCACCUGUGUGCAAUCUAAGUGUCACAUGAUCUGUCACAUGAUCUCAGUAUAUAUACACCUGUUGUGAAAGGCCCCAGAGUCUGCAACACCACUAAGCAAGGGGCACCACCAAGCAAGCAGCACUCAAUUUCCACAUUAUUCAUUACGAGAUAUAGUUGAGGUUUAGGGUUUAAUGAAUGAUUUGUCCCAAAUAAAAUGCUUUUAGUUUUGGAAAUAUUUAGGACUAACUUAGUCCUUGCCACCCAUUCUGAAACUAACUGCAGCUCUUUGUUAAGUGUUGCAGUCAUUUCAGUUGCUGUAGCAGCUGACUUUAGUGUUGAGUCACCCGCAUACAUAGACACACUGGCUUUACUCAAAGUCAGUGGCAUGUCGUUAGUAAAGAUUGAAAGAAGUAAGGGGCCUAAAGAGCUACCCUGGGGAAUUCCUGAUUCUACCUGGAUUAUGUUGGAGAGGCUUCCAUUAAAGAACACCCUCUGUGUUCUGUUAGACAAGUAACUAUUUAUCCACAAUAUAGCAGGGGGUGUAAAGCCAAAACACAUUUUUCCAGCAGCAGACUAUGAUCGAUAAUGUCAAAAGCUGCACUGAAGUCUAACAAAACAGCCCCCAGAAUCUUUUUAUCUCAAUUUCUCUCAGCCAAUCAUCAGUAAUUUGUGUAAGUCUGUCUGUGUGAGGUGGUUUGUAUUCUGUCUGUCUGUCUGUCUGUCUGUCUGAGGUGGUUUGUAUUCAGUCUGGUGGCCUGACACCAUACAGUAUGUCAGUAAUCAUAUCUGUGUUUGUCCACCAUCAUGACUGGCUGAGUUAGCUGGAUGUGACGCCACAUUGAUUCAGACUGUAAACCGCUGUUAGGUCAGACAGUGUUAGUUUUGACACAUUUUAAGUGUCAAAGUUUAAAUUCUCAGAAUAACUUGGACAUCCACCGUAUUGAUGCUUUGUUACAUGGGUAUUAUAAGGUUAUUGCGACCAUAGAAGAUCUAUGUAUAGGAAAUAUUUUUAAAACAUGCCCAGGACUUUCACACUAAUGUUAUCUAAAUGAAUUAUUAUGUUCGAUUUGUUAUAUCAAAAUGGAAUUUCAAAAAGGCAGCCUAUUCAUCAUUGUUUUGUUAUAGAUAUUGAACUGUCACCGCAACAGCCAUGUCACAGGCUGUGACUGCGUCCCAAAUGGCACCGUAUUCACUAUGGGCCCUGGUCAAAAGUAGUUCACUAUAUAGAGAAUAGGGUGCCAUUUGGGGAACAAACACUCAGAUAACCUUGUUUCCUCUGUUGACCAAAGUGCUGUUGGAUCACAAGCCCUGGGCGCUAGCAGGCAGCGAUAGCUAUACAUCCUGUCAUGUCCUAGCUAACCCCACAGUUUGAAUGUAAUGCUUUCUGUUUGUUAGGCGAUAGUGCUGCUCCACUAUUGCAAUGGAGAAUGGUUGCCUCAAGACAGUCUAGCUGUACUGUAUUCAGUAGUUUGAUAAUUGGCUAUUGGACCAUUUCUAAACACUCAGCUCACAUCAUGUGGCCCUUUCACAAUAAUACAUUUUCAAAACCAGAUUAUGAAAUCCCUUGACUUCAAUUAGAUAUUUUCUAAGCAUCCCUUACUCAACAUCGACUUUUCUCAUCACUCUGCAAAGAACCAUAUCAGUGCAUAGUCGACUAGUGCACAGUGGAUCCUUUUAUAUAUAUAUAUAUAUAUAUACAGUACCAGUCAAAAGUUUGGACACACCUACUCAUUCCAGGGUUUUUCUUUAUUUUUUACUAUUUUCUACAUUGUAGAAUAAUAGUGAAGACAUCAAAAUUAUGAAAUAACACAAAUAGAAUCAUGUAGUUAACCAAAUCAAAAUAUAUUUUAGAUUUUAGAUUCUUCAAAGUAGCCACCCUUUGCAUUGAUGACAGCUUUGCACACUCUUGGCAUUAUCUCAACCAGCUUCAUGAGGUAGUCACCUGGAAUGCAUUUCAAUUAACAGUUGUACCUUGUUAAACUUCAUUUGUGGAAUUUCUUUCCUUGUUAAUGCGUUUGAGCCAAUCAGUUGUGUUGUGACAAGGUAAGGGUGGUAUACAGAAGGAAGCCCUAUUUGGUAAAAUACCAAGUCCAUAUUAUGGCAAGAACAGCUCAAAUAAGCAAAGAGAAACGAAAGUCCAUCAUUACUUUAAGACAUGAAGGUCAGUCAAUCCGGAAACUUUUCAAGAACUUUGAACAUUUCUUCAAGCGCAGUCGCAAAACCAUCAAGCGCUAUGAUGAAACUGGCUCUCAUGAGGACCGCCACUGGAAAGGAAGACCCAGAGUUACCUCUGCUGCAGAGGAUAAGUUCAUUAGAGUCACCAGCCUCAGAAAUUGCAGCCCAAAUAAAUGCUUAACAGAGUUCAAGUAACAGACUCAUCUCAACAUCAACUGUUCAGAGGAGACUGCGUGAAUCCGGCCUUCAUGCUCGAAUUGCUGCAAAGAAACCACUACUAAAGGACGCCAAUAAUAGGACGAGACUUGCUUGGGCCAAGAAACACGGGCAAUGGACAUUAGACCGGUGGAAAUCUGUUCUUUGGUCUGAUGAGUCCAAAUGUGAGAUUUUUGGUUCCAACCGCAGUGUCUUUGUAAGAUGCAGAGUAGGUGAAUGGAUGAUCUCCGCAUGUGUGGUUCCCACCGUGAAGCAUGGAGGAGGAGGUUUGAUGGUGUGGGGGUGCUUUGCUAGUGACACUGUCUGUGAUUUAUUUAGAAUUCAACGCACACUUAACCAGUAUGGCUACCACAGCAUUCUGCAGCGACACGCCAUCCCAUCUGGUUUGUGCUUAGUGGGACUAUCAUUUGUUUUUCAACAGGACAAUGACCCAAAACACACCUCCAGGCUUUGUAAGGGCUAUUUGACCAAGAAGGAGAGUGAUGGAGUGCUGCAUCAGAUGACCUGGCCUCCACAAUUACCUGACCUCAACCCAAUUGAGAUGGGUUGGGAUGAAUUGGACUGCAAAGUGAAGGAAAAGCAGCCAACAAGUGCUCAGCGUAUGAGGGAACUCCUUCAAGACUGUUGGAAAAGCAUUCCUCAUGAAGCUGGUUGAGCGAAUGCCAAGAGUGUAAUAAGCUGUCAUCAAGACAAAGUGUGGCUACUUUGAAGAAUCUAAAAUAAAACAUAUAUUUAGAUUUGUUUAACACUUUUUUGGUUACUACAGUGAGGGAAAAAAGUAUUUGAUCCCCUGCUGAUUUUGUACGUUUGCCCACUGACAAAGAAAUGAUCAGUCUAUAAUUUUAAUGGAAGGUUUAUUUGAACAGUGAGAGACAGAAUAACAACAACGCAUGUUAAAAAUGUUAUAAAUUGAUUUGCAUUUUAAUGAGGGAAAUAAGUAUUUGACCCCCUCUCAGUCAGAAAGAUUUCUGGCUCCCAGGUGUCUUUUAUACAGGUAACGAGCUGUGAUUAGGAGCACACUCUUAAAGGGAGUGCUCCUAAUCUCAGCUUGUUACCUGUAUAAAAGACACCUGUCCACAGAAGCAAUCAAUCAAUCAGAUUCCAAACUCUCCACCAUGACCAAGACCAAAGAGCUCUCCAAGGAUGUCAGGGACAAGAUUGUACACCUACACAAGGCUGGAAUGGGCUACAAGACCAUCGCCAAGCAGCUUGGUGAGAAGGUGACAACAGUUGGUGCGAUUAUUCGCAAAUGGAAGAAACACAAAAGAACUGUCAAUCUCCCUCGGCCUGGGGCUCCAUACAAGAUCUCACCGCGUGGAGUUGCAAUGAUCAUGAGAAUGGUGAGGAAUCAUCCCAGAACUACACGGGAGGAUCUUGUCAAUGAUCUCAAGGCAGCUGGGACCAUAGUCACCAAGAAAACAAUUGGUAAUACACUACGCCAUGAAGGACUGAAAUCCUGCAGCGCCCGCAAGGUCCCCCUGCUCAAGAAAGCACAUAUACAGGGCCGUCUAAAGUUUGCCAAUGAACAUCUGAAUGAUUCAGAGGAGAACUGGGUGAAAGUGUUGUGGUCAGAUGACACCAAAAUGGAGCUCUUUGGCAUCAACUCAACUCGCCGUGUUUGGAGGAGGAGGAAUGCUGCCUAUGACCCCAAGAACACCAUCCCCACCGUCAAACAUGGAGGUGGAAACAUUAUGCUUUGGGGGUGUUUUUCUGCUAAGGGGACAGGACAACUUCACCGCAUCAAAGGGACGAUGGACGGGGCCAUGUACCAUCAAAUCUUGGGUGAGAACCUCCUUCCCUCAGCCAGGGCAUUGAAAAUGGGUCGUGGAUGGGUAUUCCAGCAUGACAAUGACCCAAAAUACACGGCCAAGGCAACAAAGAAGUGGCUCAAGAAGAGGCACAUUAAGGUCCUGGAGUGGCCUAGCCAGUCUCCAGACCUUAAUCCCAAAGAAAAUCUGUGGAGGGAGCUAAAGGUUCGAGAUGCCAAACGUCAGCCUCGAAACCUUAAUUACUUGGAGAAGAUCUGCAAAGAGGAGUGGAACAAAAUCCCUCCUGAGAUGUGUGCAAACCUGGUGGCCAACUACAAGAAACGUCUGACCUCUGUGAUUGCCAACAAGGGUUUUGCCACCAAGUACUAAGUCAUGUUUUGCAGAGGGGUCAAACACUUCUUUCCCUCAUUAAAAUGCAAAUCAAUUCAUAACAUUUUUGACAUGCGUUAUUCUGUCUCUCACUGUUCAAAUAAACCUACCAUUAAAAUUAUAGACUGAUCAUGUCUUUGUCAGUGGGCAAACAUUCAAAAUCAGCAGGGGAUCAAAUACUUUUUUCCCUCACUGUACAUGAUUCCAUAAGUGUUAUUUCAUAGUUUUGAUGUCUUCACAAUUAUUCUACAAUGUAGAAAAUUGUCAAAAUAAAGAAAAACCCAGUGGAUUUUGAAAGUAUUCACCCCCCUUGUCAUUUUUCCUAUUUUGUUGCCUUACAACCUGGAAUUAAAAUGGAUUUUUGGGGGGGUUGUAUCAUUUGAUUUACACAACAUGCCUACCACUUUGAAGAUGCAAAAUAUUUUUGAUCGUGAAACAAACAAGACAUAAGACAAAAAAACAGAAAACCUGAGCGUGCAUAACUAUUCACCCCCCCCCCCCCCCCCCCCCCCCCCCCCCCCCCCCAAAGUCAAUACUUUGUACAGCCAGCUUUUGCAGCAAUUACAGCUGCAAAUCUCUUGGGGUAUGUCUCUAUAAGCUUGGCACAUCUAGCCACUGGGAUUUUUGCCCAUUCUUCAAGGCAAAACUGCUCCAGCACCUUCAAGUUGGAUGGGUUCCGCUGGUGUGCACCAGAUCCUAUUUAGGGGCUUCGUAGCAAAGGGGGUGAAUACAUAUGCACGCACCACUUUUCCGUUAUUUAUUUUUUUGAAUUUUUUUAAACAAGUAAUUUUUUUCAUUUCACUUCACCAAUUUGGACAAUUUUGUGUAUGUCCAUUACAUGAAAUCCAAAUAAAAUCCAUUUAAAUUACAGGUUGUAACGCCAAGGGGGAUGAAUACUUUUGCAAGGCACUGUAAAUAAAGUCCACCUGUGUGCAAUCUAAGUGUCACAUGAUCUGUCACAUGAUCUCAGUAUAUAUACACCUGUUCUGAAAGGCCCCAGAGUCUGCAACACCACUAAGCAACGGGCACCACCAAGCAAGCGGCACCAUGAAGACCAAGGAGCUCUCCAAACAGGUCAGGGACAAAGUUGUGGAGAAGUACAGAUCAGGGUUGGGUUAUAAAAAAAUAUCAGAAACUUUGAACAUCCCACGGAGCACCAUUAAAUCCAUUAUUAAAAAAUGGAAAGAAUAUGGCACCACAACAAACCUGCCAAGAGAGGGCUGCCCACCAAAACUCAAGGACCAGGCAAGGAGGGCAUUAAUCAGAGAGGCAACAAAGAGACAAAAGAUAACCCUGAAGGAGCUGCAAAGCACCACAGCGGAGAUUGGAGUAUCUGUCCAUAGGACCACUUGAAGCCGUACACUCCACAGAGCUGGGCUUUACGGAAAAAAGCCAUUGCUUAAAGAAAAAAAUAAGCAAACACGUUUGGUGUUCGCCAAAAGGCAUGUGGGAGACUCCCCAAACAUAUGGAAGAAGGUACUCUGGUCAGAUGAGACUAAAAUUGAGCUUUUUGGCCAUCAAGGAAAACGCUAUGUCUGGCGCAAACCCAACACCUUUCAUCAAUCCGAGAACACCAUCCAUCACCAUGUUUUUCAUCGGCAGGGACUGGGAAACUGGUCAGAAUUGAAGGAAUGAUGGAUGGGGCUAAAUACAGGGAAAUUCUUGAGGGAAACCUUUUUCAGUCUUCCAGAGAUUUGAGACUGGGACGGAGGUUCACCUUCCAGCAGGACAAUGACCCUAAGCAUACUGAUAAAGCAACACUCGAGUGGUUUAAGGGGAAACAUUUUAAAUGUCUUGGAAUGGUCUAGUCAAAGCCCAGACCUCAAUCCAAUUGAGAAUCUGUGGUAUGACUUAAAGAUUACUGUACACCAGCGGAACCCAUCCAACUUGAAGGAGCUGGAGCAGUUUUGCCUUGAAGAAUGGGCAAAAAUCCCAGUGGCUAGAUAUAGAUUAUAGAGAUAUACCCCAAGAGACUUGCAGCUGUAAUUGCUGCAAAAGGUGGCUGUACAAAGUAUUGACUUUGGGGGGGUGAAUAAUUAUGCACGCUCAAGUUCUGUUUUUUUGUUUGUUUCACAAUAAAAAAGAUUUUGCAUCUUCAAAGUGGUUGGCAUGUUGUGUAAAUCAAAUUAUACAAACCUGCCAAAAAUCAAUUUUAAUUCCAGGUUGUAAGGCAACAAAAUAGGAAAAAUGCCAAGGGGGGUGAAUACUUUUGCAAGCCACUGUAACUAAUUAUGUGACUUCUGAAGGUAAUUGGUUGCACCAGAUCCUAUUUAGGGGCUUCGUAGCAAAGGGGGUGAAUACAUAUGCACGCACCACUUUUCCGUUAUUGAUUGUUUAGAAUUCUUUGAUAUAUAUUUUUUGGGGUCCAUUACAUGAAAUCCAAAUAAAAUAUCCAUUUAAAUUACAGGUUGUAAUGCAACAAAAUAGGAAAAACGCCAAGGGGGAUGAAUACUUUUGCAAGGCACUGUACAAUAUAUAUAUGUAUAUAUAUAUAUAUUUUUUUUUUUUAAAUAUAUAAACAUAACAGAUAGGGAGAGAAUGACAAGCAGUUGGCCUGACUCGAACCUAUGUCGUAGACAUGUGUACCGGAAGCUGCGGCAUUACCACUAGACCAGCCAGGCCACUGCUCAGUAGAUCCUACAGUAACCUGUAUCUAACCUGUGGGUGACCUUCAAUUUCCUACAGUGUGUUGUGUCGUAGGAUCAAGGUGAACGACCAGAUUGUGGAGGUGGACGGCACCAGUCUGGUGGGGGUGACCCAGAGCUUCGCUGCCUCCGUCCUGAGGAACACCCAGGGAGUGGUUAGGUAAGAACAACCACCACAUCCAUAACAUUUUAUUUUCAUUUAUUUAUACAGCUCAGUCCACAGUACCAUAAAGUGGCAUCAGCUAUGGUCUGUUUAGUUAAAACGGCAUUGUUAGAGGGGAAUAACUCAAUGUGUACUGCUACACUUUAUACAGUAGUCUGCCAUAUAGUCAUCCUUUCUGCACAUGAGAAAUAAUGCAUGGGUCGUUCCACAAAAAUAGUGCCUUUUGCGUUGCUUUGAUAUUUUAAGUAGAAAUUGUGCACUGAUAUUGAAUUUUAAAAAGCCUGUUAUAUUAAAUGAAUUGCCGUUUAAUAUAGACCACAUGGAGAAAUCAAUAAAUCGGAUUUUUUAUAUGAAUAAAGGCUUGCUAAAGUGCCCAAAUUCCGCGCAUUUUGACAUGUCCCUCCAUCAACCCUGUGUCACUUCUAGGAACAGUUUUACCCCCCUAAUCCCAAAAUGUCUCCCAAGUUUCACCAUCAUUGUAAAGCCCUAGUUAUUUUGUUGCUUUGACAAAGUAUUUUCUGAAGAUUAUUAUUUAUUUCAUGUGAUUAGUGAUUCAUUUACGCCUGUCCCUCAUUUUAAGGUCAACCCUGUUACGUGAACUGAACUCUCGUUUUUAUAUGGUGAAACUGUUCCUUUUUAUAUAUUUUUUAAGGAAACAUUGAACAUCUAAUAGUCAAAUCAUAGUGUAAAAGCAGGUGAGCUGGUUCUACUCUUUUUUGGCCAUUUUCUGGUAUUUAGUGGUGGAAAACUGAGAGGGUCGAGCAUAACACGUCUACUACACACAGGGUAGAUAGACAGGCUAGAAAUGUUUGAACAAUUGCCUUUUUUUUGUUAAGCUUGCAUUUAACUGCCCCUCCCUGUUGCACACAACAAGCGUUUUAUGGAUUUAUGGCUGAUGUAAGGUGAAAUCGUUAACCCUGUUAUGGUCAACCCUGUUACGGUCAACCCUGUUACUUUAUUUGACACUUAUAGGCACUUACUAUAAAAAAAAAAAUGUUAGAUUGGAAAACGUGUUUUUUAUUAAGUUGAACAUGUGCUCUUUAUGACAGAACGUUAAAAUUUGGUAAAAUCAAACGUUUUUUGGGACUAAGUUACACUUUGACUAAGGCACCGAAUUGCUGGGACGACCUACAUGCGUCCACUUUACUGUGAUUCUAUAUCAUAGCAUUCUCUUACAUUAAAAAAGUGGUGUUUAUAUUGUGUUGUGUCUAUUAGUGGACAGGGGGGCCAUUUUGUCUUUAAACUUAAACCCAAUAUACUGUUAAUGUUUUCAAACUGCAGACCACCAAAACUGCUACAUGAACACACAACAUAGACUGCAUUUGAAAACUGUUUUGGCAGACCCCCAUUCAUGCAUUCAUUAGCAUAAUGUAAAUAGCGUGGAAAUAUGACUGUGAAGAAUGUAUCAGUGUAAGAGAGUAGCAGUGGACAGCAGGCCUCCACUCUACAGAGCAGAGCACUCUUCUCCCAAACAAUAUAGGAGCUCUCUCUCUCUCUCUCUUUAUCCUCCCUGGGUUUGAUCGCUCUGUGCCCCAGAUUCGCCAUUUCAACUAAAUUUAACCCUGACUUACGACAUCAUCCAGGUCUCUGAAACCACACAAGUACGAGUUCACUGGUCACUCAGCAUAAGGCUUAAAAAAGAAAGCAUAUAUUUGCCACCACAUUUAUAAACCAGAUGUUAAAAGACAACACAAUUAAACAACAUCCCACAUGGUUGACUGACUGAGGGCAUAUCUGUUGUGUGAGACAACGUAGUGCGGACAUCCCACCCGUUGGGGUCCAGAGGACCGAGUUUGGGAAACGCUGCUAUAUAGGGAAGGGAAUAGGGUGCCAUUUGGGACUCAGCCCCUGUCUGUCAACAUACUGUAGCAGCUCCUAAUGGACAAGAUAUGUCUGUAUUAUGGCUGUUGUUCCCAGAGCAGUGGAAGCAGGGUGGACCCCCCCCUGCAUGUUGCUUUACCGGGAAAGAAGAAACUGUUUCCAGGUCAGCUGCUAGAUGGAGAGAUGGAGGAGCGCGGGCCGUGAUUCUGAUUCCUCUCAGUUGUUGAUUCAGAUGUAGAUCAACGUUAACUCUGGAAUGUAGCCAGCCUAGCUCUGUAAUCAGCAUGCCCACUCCGGAUGAUUGGAGACUCAGUCAAAUAUGCUCUCCCACUGAGAUAGAGCGAUCCAUCUUGGAAUAAACGAGAGAGAAACAAGAUAAAUAUGUAUUUCUACCACCUGUAUGCUGGGUAUGCUGGGUGGUAGAGAGGGAACAUGGGGAAAGAAAGCCUGCCCCUCUCCCUCUCUCUCACUCUCUCUCUCUCUCGCUCUGUUGCUAUGUCUCUCUCUCUCUCUCAUUCACUCUCUCUCUCUUUGUCUCUCUUUCUCCCUCUGUUUUGCCCUCUCUCAAAUUCAAAUUCAAAUUGCUUUAUUGGCAUGGAAAGUGUUACCACAUACACUACCAGUCAAAGGUUUGGACACACCUACUCAUUCAAGGGUUUUUCUUUAUUUUUACUAUUUUUUACAUUGUAGAAUAAAAGUGAAGACAUCAAAAUUAUGAAAUAACACAUAUGGAAUCAUGUAGUAACCUUGAUGACAGCUUUACACACUCUGCAUUCUCUCAACCAGCUUCAUGACGUAGUCACCUAGAAUGCAUUUCAAUUAACAGGUGUGCCUUCUUAAAAGUUAAUUUGUGGAAUUUAUUUUCUUCUUAAUGCGUUUGAGCCAAUCAGUUGUGUUGUGACAAGGUAGGGGGGGUAUACAGAAGAUAGCCCUAUUUGGUAAAAGACCAAGUCCAUAUUAUGGCAAGAACAGCUCAAAUAAGCGAAGAGAAAUGACAGUCCAUCAUUACUUUAAGACAUGAAGGUCAGUCAAUACGGAAACUUUCAAGAACUUUUCAAGUUUCUUCAAGUGCAGUCGCAAAAACCAUCAAGCGCUAUUAGGAAACUGGCUCUCAUGAGGACCGCCACAGGAAUGGAAGACCCAGAGUUACCUCUGCUGCAGAGGAUAAUUCAUUAGAGUUACCAGCCUCAGAAAUUGCAGCCCAAAUAAAUGCUUCACAGAGUUCAAGUCACAGUGUAGCGGGUGAUUUGGACGGAGUCAGGCGGCGCAGGAGGUGUAAAUCACAGAAUAAUGGUUUAUUCUGCCAAUACAGCGGUUCGCAGCAAUGCGUAAAACAACUACAGUGCGACUUAAUGGCGCACUGGGGAAAACAAAAUACACGAGUGAAUAUCCCGGCGAUAAAGUACAUAAUGCUCCACCAAGCUAUCGACACCUCCACAUGGAAACAAUCACACACAAAGACAUGGGGGGCAGAGGGAAUACUUACACAGGGACUGAUGAGGGGAUAUGAACCAGGUGUGUGUAAAAAAGAAGACAAAACAAAUGGAAUGAUGAGAAGAGGAGCGGCAGUGGCUAGAAGGCCGGUGACGACGAACGCAGAAGCCUGCCCGAACAAGGAGUCAUGACAGUACCCCCACCUUGAUGUGCAGCUCCAGCAGCGCGCUAACACCGGCCUCGGGAACGGCCAGGAGGACGCGGAGCAGGGCGAUCCGGAUGGCGACGGUGGAAAUCCUGCAACAGGCAGGGAUCGAGGACAUCCUUCACCAGGACCCAGCACCGCUCCUCCGGACCGUACCCCUCCCACUCCACGAGGUGCUGAAGGCCCCCCACCCGACGCCUCGAAUCCAGGAUGGAACGAACAGAGUACGCCGGGGUCCCCUUGAUGUCCAGAGGGGGCGGAGGGACCUCCUGUACCUCAGACUCCUGGAGCGGACCAGCCACCACCAGCCUGAGGAGAGAUAUGUGAAACGAGGGGUUAAUACGGUAAUCAGGAGGGAGCAGCAACCUAUACGUAACCUCGUUAACUCGCCUCAGGACUUUGAACGGCCCCACAAACCGCGGGCUCAGCUUCCGGUUGGGCAGGCGAAGGGGCAGGUUCCGGGUCGAGAGCCAGACCCGAUCACCCGGUACAAAGACCGGGGCCUUAAUACGGUGGCGGUCAGCGUUAGCUUUCUGGCGACGCACAGCGCUGGAGGUGGACGUGGGCGGUGUUCUACGUCUCCUUCGCGCGCCGAAACCAGUCGACCACCGCAGGCGCUUCGGUCUGGCUCUGAUGCCACGGUGCCAGGACCGGAGGAUACCCUAAAACACAUUGAAAUGGUGAUAGGUUAGUGGAGGAGUGGCGGAGAGAGUUCUGGGCAUAUUCGGCACAUGGCAAGAACACAGACCACUCCCCCGGCCGGUUCUGACAGUAGGACCGCAGGAACCUACCCACAUCCUGAUUCACCCAUUCCACCUGCCCAUUAGAUUUGGGGUGAAACCCAGAGGUCAGGCUGACCGACACCCCCAGACGUUCCAUGAACGCCUUCCAGACCCUAGAAGUAAACUGGGGACCCCGGUCAGACACUAUGUCCUCUGGCACCCCGUAGUGCCGGAAGACUUGAGUGAACAGGGCUUCCGCAGUUUGCAAGGCCGUGGGGAGACCGGGCAGAGGGAGGAGACGGCAGGCUUUAGAGAAGCGGUCCACAACGACCAGGAUGGUGGUGUUACCCUGAGAGAGGGGAAGAUCAGUUAGAAAGUCAAUCGAUAAGUGGGACCAUGGCCGUUGUGGAACUGGUAAGGGAUGUAAUUUACCCGCUGGAAGGUGCCUAGGUGCCUUACUCAGGGCGCACACCGAGCAGGAGGAGACAUACACCCUCACGUCCUUAGCCAAGGUAGGCCACCAGUACUUCCCGGUCAGGCAGCGCACUGUACGGCUGAUGCCUGGGUGACCAGGGGAGGGGGACGUGUGUGCCCAAUAGAUAAGACGAUCACGGACACUAGACGGCACGUACCACAGCCCAGCUAGGCACUGAGGUGGAGAUGGCUCUGUGCGUAACACCCGCUCUAUGUCCGCGUCCACCGCCCACACCACCGGCGCCACAAUGCAGGAGGCCGGGAGUAUGAGGCUGUUGUCUAUGGGCCUCUCCUCUGUGUCGUACAGCCGUGACCGUGCGUCUGCCUUCACGUUCUUUGUGCCUGGUAUAUAGGACAGCGUGAAAUCAAACCGGGUGAAGAACAAGGCCCACCUGGCCUGGCAAGGGUUCACCCUCCUCGCUGCCCGGAUGUACUCCAGGUUACGGUGGUCAGUCCAGACGAGGAAAGGGUGUUUCGCCCCCUCAAGCAAGUGCCUCCAUGCUGUCAGGGCUCUGACAACAGUCAACAGCUCCCGAUCACCAACGUCAUAGUUCUGCUCCGCCGGGCUGAGCUUCUUAGAGAAGAAGGCACAGGGGCGGAGCUUGGGUGGCGUGCCCGAGCGUUGGGAUAGGACAAAGCCUACACCUACCUCGGACACAUCCACCUCCACUACGAACGGCAAUGAUGGAUCGAGAUGGGCCAGUACCGGGGCUGAGGUGAACAGAGCCCUCAGGUUACUGAAAGCCCUGUCAGCCUCAGCAGACCAGUGGAGCCGGGAUGGGCCACCCUUCAACAGAGAGGUGAUGGGAGCUGCGACCUUGCCAAAGCCCCGGAUAAACCUCCGAUAGUAAUUGGCAAAGCCAAUGAAGCGCUGCACCUGAAAUGCGGUCUCCCUCCAUCUCCACACUUGAGGGGGUGAUGUGGUAUCCGAAGAAGGAGACGGAUUGUUGGAAGAACAGACACUUUUCUGCCUUGGCAUACAGGUCAUGCUCCAACAGUCGGCCCCGCACUCUGCGAACCAGGGACACAUGCUCGGCGAGCGUAGCGGAAUACACCAGGAUGUCAUCGAUGUAGGCCACCACAACGCGACUAAGCAUGUCCUGAAACACCUGGUUCACAAAGGACUGGAAGACUGAUGGAGCAUUCAUCAACCCGUACGGCAUCACCAGGUAUUCAUAAUGCCCCGUGGUUGUGCUAAAUGCUGUCUUCCACUCGUCCCCUUCCCGGACACGCACCAGGUUGUACGCACUCCUGAGGUCUAAUUUCGUGAAGAAGCGCGCCCCAUGCAUUGAUUCGAUCAUAGAGGAAAUGAGGGGUAGAGGAUAACUAUAGAGAAUGGUAGUUUUAUGAAGUGCACAGUAAACAAUGCAAGGGUGCAGACCCCAGUCUUUCUUCUUCACGAAAAAUAAACUUGAGGAGGCGGGUGAAGUGGAGGGACGUAUGAACCCCUCAUACAGGGACUCGGAGACGUAUGUUUCCAUAGCCUCCGUUUCCGGCUGCGACAGGGAAUAUACAUGACUCCUGGGCGGCACAGCGUCUAACCUGAGGUUUAUCGUGCAAUCCCCCGCCCGAUGGGGUGGUAAUUUGGUCGCCUGCGUUUUGGUAAACGCGUGGUUGCACCAACGGAACAGCUAGACACCUACCCUGACACUCUCACGACCACCCUGUGAGAGUUCUCUGUGGCCAUGAAAAGGUGGAGUCGUGUAGUGCUAGCCAGGGAAGGCCCAACACAACAGGGAAAUCCGGAGACUCAAUAAUGUGAAACGUGAUUUGCUCAUUAUGGGUCUCCUGCGUAAUCAUAGUGACUGGUGCUGUAACCUCCCUAACAAAACCUGACCCUAAUGGUCGAUUGUCAAGUGCUUUGAUGGGUAAUGGAAUAGACAGGGGAACCAAUGGAAUACAUAGACUAAGCGCUAAAGACCUGUCCAUAAAGUUCCGAGCUGCGCCUGAAUCUACCAGCACCUUACACUGGGGAACUACCGUGUAAUCAGGGAAGUUGACGUGGAUGGUGAAAUGCGCAGCAGAGGGCUCUGUACGAAUGUGGGUUUGCGCUACCUGGGGUGACGCGUGAGUGCCUUGCCUGCCGCCUCCAGAACCAGAAGAACCCUGACGACAUUGUGCAGCAGAAUGUCCUCUCUUGCCACAAGAGUGACACUGGAUCUGUUGUCCUCCGUUCUCCCGGAACGCUGCACCACCCAGCUCCAUCGGAACGUGAUCCGGGUUGAAGGGGGGUGAAACGGGCAGGCCCCUUCCAGGACGUCCUCGCGAAGCCAGCAGGUUGUCCAACCGGAUGGCCAUGUCCACCAGUUGGUUGAAGGUCAACGUGGUAUCCCGGUAGGCUAGCUCCCUUCGGACGUCCUCACGCAGGCUGCAUCGGAAGAGGUUGAUGAGGGCCCGCUCGUUCCACCCGGACCCAGCCGCUAGAGUUCUAAACUCCAGGGCAAAGUCUUGUGCGGUCCUUGUCCCCUGCCUCAGAUGGACCAGUUGGUCGCCCGCCUCUCUUCCUUCGGGGGGAUGAUCGAAGACGAGCGAACUCUCCGUAGUUGUCCAACGCGUCUCCUCCUUCACUCCAGACCGCGUUGGCCCACUCCAGGGCUUUCCCCGAGAGGCAGGAGACGAGGGCGGACACCUUCUCCCGAUCCGAUGGAGCCGGGCUGAUGGUGUUGAAAUAGAGGUCCAGCUGCAGGAGGAAACCCUGGCAGCUGGCCGCUGUCCCGUGGUAUUCCCUCGGUCGAGACAGGUGAAUACCUCUAGGUGCUGGUGUGUGGGUGGCUGGAUCCGGUCGCUCAGCUGGUUCCACAGGGUCGGGUCCUCUCCUCUCCAGGUACUGGAUGGCCUGGAAAACCCGAUCCAUCGCUUCGCCCAAGCUGGCUAACAUGUUGGAAUGCUCCUGGACCCGUUCAACGGCUUCAGGCAUAUUCCCCGCUCCUGCUGACUCCAUGCUGUUGGGUGUGUAAUUCUGUAGCGGGUGAUUUGGACGGAGUCAGGCGCAGGAGGUGUAAAUCACAGAAUAAUGGUUUAUUCGGCCAAUGCAGCGGUUCACAGCAAUGCGUAAAACAACUACAGUGCGACUUAACGGCGCACUGGGGAAAACAAAACACACAGGUGAAUAUCCCGGCGAUAAAGUACAUAAUGCUCCACCGAGCUAUCGACACCUCCACAUGGAAACAAUCACACACAAAGACAUGGGGGGCAGAGGGAAUACUUAUAUAAGGACUGAUGAGGGGAUAUGAACCAGGUGUGUGUAAAAAACAAGACAAAACAAAUGGAAUGAUGAGAAGAGGAACGGCAGUGGCUAGAAGGCCGGUGACGACGAACGCCGAAGCCUGCCCGAACAAGGAGAAGAGGCAGCUUCGGAGGAAGUCGUGACACACAGACACAUCUCAACAUCAACUGUUCAGAGGGGACUGUGUGAAUCAGACCUUCAAGGUUGAAUUACUACUAAUGGACACCAAUAAGAAGAAGAGACCUGCUUGGGCCAAGAAACACGAGCAAUGGACCGGUGGAAAUCUGUCCUUUGGUCUGGAUUUUUGGUUCCAACCGCCGUGUCUUUGUGAGACAAAGUGUGGGUGAACGGAUGAUCUCUGCAUGUCUAGUUCCCACCAUAAAGCAUGGAGGAGGAGGUGUUAUGGUGUGGGGGUGCUUGGCUGGUGACACUGUCUGUGAUUUAUUUAGAAUUCAAGGCACACUUAACCAGCAUGGCUACCACAGCAUUCUGUAGCAAUACGCCAUCCCAUCUGGUUUGGGCUUAGUGGGAAUAUCAUUUGUUUUUCAACAGGACAAUCACCCAAUACACCUCCAGGCUGUGUAAGGGCUAUCUUACCAAGAAAGAGAGGGAAGGAGUGCUGCAUCAAAUGACCUGGCCUCCACAAUCCCCCAACCUCAACCCAAUUGAGAUGGUUUGGGAUGAGUCGGAUGGCAGAGUGAAGGAAAAGCAGCCAACAAGUGCUCAGCAUAUGUGGGAACUCCUUCAAGACUGUUGGAACAGUAUUCCAGGUGAAGCUGGUUGAGAGAAUGCCAAGAGUGUCCAACCUGGAGGGCUGCUUGCCAUUGUCACGUUAUUGUGUUAGUGCUGAAAGCCCCAUCCCCACUCCACUCCCCUAUAAUCAGAUCCUGCUAUUGAGUCCCUGCCAAUCGCACAGACUGCCUGUUUCAGCCUCAAUCACACAAACAAAUAAACAGACAGUGAAAAAUUGCACCUUUUCUAGUUCACAAGUUAAAAUGAAGAAGGAGGAAGCUCUGUCAUGUUUUAGUUCAGCUGAAAAUGUCUCAGAAAAAGUCACUGGAAAAAGUAUAUUGAAGUGAAGCCCUUAUUCAUAAUUGAACCAACAUGCACAGUGGUUCAAAGCGUAUUGUAAAGUCAUGCCAUGAGUGAAAUACAACUGAUUGGCUGUUGCUGUCCGUUUCCAGGUUUGUGAUUGGUCGAGAGCGUCCGGGCCAGGUGAGCGAGGUGGCUGCUCUGAUCCAACAGACUCUGGAGCAGGAGAGGAGACAGAGAGAGAUGCUGGAGCAGCAGUACGCCCAGUAUGACGCUGAUGACGAUGAGGUGGGUAGCCUACUGCCCCGCUGUUUCACCCUCCUACUGAUACACCUGGUAGUGUGGCCAAUCAAAUCCUAUACAGUUUUAUUAACUGAUUCAUAGGAGCUAGGAACCUUCUACAACAAUGGCUAACUUACUUACCCACUAGUACACUCUUCUACAUAUCAGGUAUUCACAAAGCAUCUCAGAGUAGGACUGCUUAUCUAGGAUCAGUUUAGCCUUUUAGAUACAGUAUAUGAACAGGGGGGAUCUGAUCCUAAAACAGCCAGUAGCGGUGCGUGGGUAAAAUCACUGGGGAAGCCUAGUCAGAAAAAAAUGCCAUGUUGCAACCUAUGUGUUGUGAUAAUUGCGUUGUUUGCUCUAUAACCUGUUGGUUCAUAUGCCUUGCGACCGUGAUAUACAGUUGAAGUCGGAAGUUUACAUACACUUAGGUUGGAAUCAUUAAAACUCGUUUUUCAACCACUCCACAAAUUUCUUGUUAACAAACUAUAGUUUUGGCAAGUCGGUUAGGACAUCUACUUUGUGCAUGACACAAGUAAUUUUUCCAACAAUUGUUUACAGACAGAUUAUUUCACUUAUAAUUCACUGUAUCACAAUUCCAGUGGGUCAGAAGUUUACAUACACUAAGUUGACGGUGCCUUUAAACAGCUUGGAAAAUUCCAGAAAAUUAUGUCAUGGCUUUAGAAGCUUCUGAUAGGCUAAUUGACAUCAUUUGAGUCAAUUGGAGGUGUACCUGUGGAUGUAUUUCAAGGCCUACCUUCAAACUCAGUGACUCUUUGCUUGACAUCAUGGGAAAAUCAAAAGAAAUCAGCCAAGACCUCAGAAAGAAAUUGUAGACCUCCACAAGUCUGGUUCAUCCUUGGGAGCAAUUUCCAAAUGCCUGAAGGUACCACGUUCAUCUGUACAAAUAAUAGUACGCAAGUAUAAACACCAUGGGACCACGCAGCCGUCAUACUGCUCAGGAAGGAGACGCGUUCUGUCUCCUAGAGAUGAACGUACUUUGGUGCGAAAAGUGCAAAUCAAUCCCAGAACAACAGCAAAGGACCUUGUGAAGAUGCUGGAGGAAACAGGUACAAAAGUAUCUAUAUCCACAGUAAAAUGAGUCCUAUAUCCACAUAACCUGAAAGGCCGCUCAGCAAGGAAGAAGCCACUGCUCCAAAACCACCAUAGAAAAUCCAAACUACGGUUUGCAACUGCACAUGGGGACAAAGAUCGUACUUUUUGGAGAAAUGUCCUCUGGUCUGAUGAAACAAAAAUAGAACUGUUUGGCCAUAAUGACCAUCGUUAUGUUUGGAGGAAAAAGGGGGUGCUUGCAAGCCGAAGAACACCAUCCCAACCGUGAAGCACGGGGGUGGCAGCAUCAUGCUGUGGGGGUGCUUUGCUGCAGGAGGGACUGGUGCAUUUCACAAAAUAGAUGGCAUCAUGAGGAAGGAAAAUUAUGUGGAUAUAUUGAAGCAACAUCUCAAGACAUCAGUCAGGAAGUUAAAGCUUGGUCACAAAUGGGUCUUCCAAAUGGACAAUGACCCCAAGCAUACUUCCAAAGUUGUGGCAAAAUGGCUUAAGGACAACAAAGUCAAGAUAUUGGAGUGGCCAUCACAAAGCCCUGACCUCAAUCCUAUAGAACAUUUGUGGGCAGAACUGAAAAAGCGUGUGCGGGCAAGGAGGCCUACAAACCUGACUCAGUUACACCAGGUCUGUCAGGAGGAAUGGGCCAACAUUCACCCAACUUAUUGUGGGAAGCUUGUGGAAGGCUACCCUGAAACAUUUGACCCAAGUUAAACAAUUUAAAGGCAAUGCUACAAAAUACUAAUUGAGUGUAUGUAAACUUCUGAACCACUGGGAAUGUGAUGAAAGAAAUAAAAGCUGAAAUAAAUCAUUCUCUCUACUAUUAUUCUAACAUUUCACAUUCUUAAAAUAAAGUGGUGAUGCUAACUGACCUAAGACAGGGAAUUUUUACUAGGAUUAAAUGUCAGGAAUUGUGAAAAACUGAGUUUAAAUGUAUUUGGCUAAGGUGUAUGUAAACCUUGACUUCAACUGUAUAGGCCUAAAGCCAAGACAUUAAGAAGACACAGUGGCAGAAUAAAUUCAACCACACCUUUGUUUCAUCACAAAACCAGAGAGCAACCUCUAUUUGGUGGAGUCCACAAAGCAUUUUGUUUCUGCAUAAAUGUUUCCGACAUUUUCGGACUACUAAACAACUAUUGAUUUAGAACCACGGAGAGUUACCGCAAGUGGAAAAGAAAACAGGAGCUGCCACCAUUAUUCCAGAACCAUUUCAACUUCAAAUCAGCUAUGCUUAGUCUAAUACAGUGACAACUAAAAGAUUCCAAAAACAAUUUAGUCCAAUCAACGUAAUCUAAAUAUCAUGUGGCUGUCCAUGGUUCUGAUUUCUCUGUAUAUGUGUGUGUGUGUGUGUGUGUGUGUGUGUGUGUGCGUGUAUAAGUAGAAAAAAACAUGUUGCCUAAACAGUCUAUGACUCUCUUGCUCACUAGCCAAACUUCCUUUCAUGGGCAACGAUACGCCAGGCCAGCUAGUUAACAUUAUCCUACUACAUCUAGCUACAUAUUGAACUUCCAUUCUCUCAGGACAGAGGCAUAAUGUAUGAAUUUAUGGUUGGAUCAGAAUCGCCGUUAUAAUCAUUGUACGGAGAAUUAAGUAAAACCACAAGUCCAAAUCCCUAUCUCCGUCUAUGGCUAAUUUAGGAAAGGGCCAAUUUAAGCUAGAUAGCUAGCCACCGGAGGACAACAACACAACGAGAUGCAACAAUACAAGUUUCUUUAAGUCAAAUGACAUUUGGCUUGAUGUGAUGUGUGAUUGGUGUGAAGCCAAAUCCAAACUGGCUUCCCUUGACAAUUUUUUGGGUGUGCCAGGACCAUUCACAGUUGAGCUUAAUCAGUUAAGCUCAACGCUGAUUGGCUAUACAUUAUUUUUAAAUGUAUCAAGCUAGGCCAAAUGCUCGCUGGCUUCCCUUGCAUUCAAUGCUAUGGGCGGCUACAAUGUCAUACUAUUUUUAACAUGACAGCAUCAAAUAAAUGGGCUACACAUACAGAGACAGAGGGGCGCUGUUUUGCUCAUUCAGAUGCGUUCUCUGGUGAGAUACAUUCAGCCUCUUGCGAAUUGAAGGAAAAUUAUGAAACACAGUGAGACGAAAUAUUCAUUUUUGUAUGUUUUUAUUAUUUAUUUAUUGAUACAUUUUUGGGGGAAGCCUGGCUUCUCUUGGCAUCCAUGAAUACACGCCACUGAGAUCAGCACUCCUACUCUGAGAAGCUUUAUACGGCCCCAGAUCUGUUUCAGCAUACUAAUGACAGACCUGUGUGGUCAAACUGCACUCCAAUCCUCUUCUACAACAGGUCAAUCUUGGUCAUGAGUUGUGGUUGUGGUUGUCAUUAUGUCAUGUCAAAUCAGGCGUUGCUAAACAUAGCUCAAGAAUAAUGUGGCUGUUCACUUAAAAAAAAGCCUCUAGGGCUGUUUUCCUGUGUUUGAGUGACUGCGUAUGUGAAAACACACUCAAUGGCAAUACUCUCUCUCAGCCAACAUGUUUUCCUGCCUGUGUUUUGUUUUAGCACACACUAAAGCCCAUUACCAUACACUCAUCAUUAGUGGGUCAGGAGGCUGGAGGACAAUAAAGCCACCAUUUCCAUAAUGGGUGCGCGUUGCCAUGGCAGCGAGGCUGAGGGUUUAUAUUAAAGCCCCAUUUAGAGGCGGCAGUGGGAGACGUCGGGUUAAUCACCAUGUAUCUAGGCGUAGUGAUGCACAUCCUAUAGGCUCUGGUCUGGUGAUACAGUGGGGGAAAAAAAGUAUUUAGUCAGCCACCAAUUGUGCAAGUUCUCCCACUUAAAAAGAUGAGAGAGGCCUGUAAUUGUCAUCAUAGGUACACGUCAACUAUGACAGACAAAAUGAGGGAAAAAAAUCCAGAAAAUCACAUUGUAGGAUUUUAAAUGAAUUUAUUUGCAAAUUAUGGUGGAAAAUAAGUAUUUGGUCAAUAACAAAAGUUUCUCAAUACUUUGUUAUAUACCCUUUGUUGGCAAUGACACAGGUCAAACGUUUUCUGUAAGUCUUCACAAGGUUUUCACAUACUGUUGCUGGUAUUUUGGCCCAUUCCUCCAUGCAGAUCUCCUCUAGAGCAGUGUUGUUUUGGAGCUGUCGCUGGGCAACACGGACUUUCAACUCCCUCCAAAGAUUUUCUAUGGGGUUGAGAUCUGGAGACUGGCUAGGCCACUCCAGGACCUUGAAAUGCUUCUUACGAAGCCACUCCUUCGUUGCCCGGGCGGUGUGUUUGGGAUCAUUGUCAUGCUGAAAGACCCAGCCACGUUUCAUCUUCAAUGCCCUUGCUGAUGGAAGGAGAUUUUCACUCAAAAUCUCAUGAUAUAUGGCCCCAUUCAUUCUUUCCUUUACACGGAUCAGUCGUCCUGGUCCCUUUGCAGAAAAACAGCCCCAAAGCAUGAUGUUUCCACCCCCAUGCUUCACAGUAGGUAUGGUGUUCUUUGGAUGCAACUCAGCAUUCUUUGUUCUCCAAACACGACGAGUUGAGUUUUUACCAAAAAGUUCUAUUUUGGUUUCAUCUGACCAUAUGACAUUCUCCCAAUCCUCUUCUGGAUCAUCCAAAUGCACUCUAGCAAACUUCAGACGGGCCUGUACAUGUACUGGCUUAAGCAGGGGGACACGUCUGGCACUGCAGGAUUUGAGUCCCUGGCGGCGUAGUGUGUUACUGAUGGUAGGCUUUGUUACUUUGGUCCCAGCUCUCUGCAGGUCAUUCACUAGGUCCCCCCGUGUGGUUCUGGGAUCUUUGCUCACCGUUCUUGUGAUCAUUUUGACCCCACGGGGUGAGAUCUUGCGUGGAGCCCCAGAUCGAGGGAGAUUAUCAGUGGUCUUGUAUGUCUUCCAUUUCCUAAUAAUUGCUCCCACAGUUGAUUUCUUUAAACCAAGCUGCUUACCUAUUGCAGAUUCAGUCUUCCCAGCCUGGUGCAGGUCUACAAUUUUGUUUCUGGUGUCCUUUGACAGCUCUUUGGUCUUGGCCAUAGUGGAGUUUGGAGUGUGACUGUUUGAGGUUGUGGACAGGUGUCUUUUAUACUGAUAACAAGUUCAAACAGGUGCCAUUAAUACAGGUAACGAGUGGAGGACAGAGGAGCCUCUUAAAGAAGAAGUUACAGGUCUGUGAGAGCCAGAAAUCUUGCUUGUUUGUAGGUAACCAAAUACUUAUUUUCCACCAUAAUUUGCAAAUAAAUUCAUAAAAAAUCCUACAAUGUGAUUUUCUGGAUUUUUUCUCCUCAAUUUGUCUGUCAUAGUUGACGUGUACCUAUGAUGAAAAUUACAGGCCUCUCUCAUAUUUUUAAUUGGGAGAACUUGCACAAUUGGUGGCUGACUAAAUACUUUUUUCCCCACUGUAUAUGUAUGAUAUAUAAUAUACUGUAUAUGUCUGAUAUAUGUAUGCAUCCCCACUACCCAUUACAUCAUGAUUAGAUAGAUAGAAAUUUACAGGUUGAUUUAGAAUGGCAUUUGGCAAUGUUGUGCAGUUGGUGCUUGGUGCUUGGUGCUUGGUGCUUGGUUCGUGUGUGUGUGUGUGUGUGUGUCAGACCUAGGAUAACUAUAGUUUUAACAAUGCUUUGUGUAAAGCAGAGGUUGGAACCAAUUUUUUUCCCAAUAAAGCAAAAUAAAGUUCUGAACCGGUUCAGAGAAAAAAAAGUUACGGUUUAAAUUGUUCAUUUCUGUUACUUUUUAAACCUCUGAAAUCUAAAUCACUUUCAUUCCUGGUUCUAAUUCUGUUCCUUGAAACAUUUUGUUCAUUUCCGGUUUCUGUUCUGUUCCCUGAACCAGUUCCAACCCCUGGUGGAAAUUUAUAUAAAUAUAAACGCAACAUGCAACAAUUUCAACUAUUUUACUGAGUUACAGUUCAUAUAAGGAAAUCAGUCAAUUGAAAUAAAUGCAUUAGGCCCUAAUCUAUGGAUUUCACACGACUGGGAAUACAGAUAUGCAUCUGUUAGUAACAGAUACCGUAAAAAAAAAAAGUAGGGGCGUGGAUCAGAAAACCAGUCAGUGUCUCAUUCAGCAUAACACAGCUCCUUCGCAUAAAGUUGAUCAGGAUGUUGAUUGUGGCCUGUGGAAUGUUGUCCCACUCCUCUUCAAUGGCUGUGUGAAGUUGCUGGAUAGUUGGCGGGAACUGGAACAUGCUGUCGUACUAGUCGAUCCAGAGCAUCCAAACAUGCUCAAUGGGUGACAUGUCUGGUGAGUAUGUAGGCCAUGGAAGAACUGGGACAUUUUCAGCUUCCAGGAAUUGUGUACAGAUCCUUGCGACAUGGGGCUGUGUAUUAUCAUGCUGAAACAGGAGGUGAUGGCAGGUGGAUGAAUGGCACGACAAUGGGCCUCAGGAUCUCGUCACGGUAUCUCUGUACAUUCAAAUUGGCAUCAGGAAAAUGCAAUUGUGUUGUCCGUAGCUUAUGCCUGCCCAUACCAUAACCCCACUGCCACCAUGGGGCACUCUGUUCACAAUGUUGACAUCAGCAAACCGCUCGGCCACACAACACCAUACAUGUGGUCUGUGUUUGGUGAGGCCGGUUGGACGUACUGCCAAAUUCUCUAAUACAACGUGGGAGGCGGCUUAUGGUAGAGAAAUGAACAUUACAUUAUCUGGCAACAGCUCUGGUGGACAUUCCUGCAGUCACCAUGCCAAUUGCAUGCUCCUUCAAAACUCGAGACAUCUGUGGCAUUGUGUUGUGUGACAAAUCUGCACAUUUUAGAGUGGCCUUUUAUUGUCCUCAGCACAAGGUGCACCUGUGUAAUGAUCAUGCUGUUUAAUCAGCUUCUUGAUAUGUCACACCGAUCAGGUGGAUAGAUUAUCUUGGCAAAGGAGAAAUGCUCACUAACAGGUAUGUAAACAAAUUUGUCCCCAAAAAUGUAGCGAAAUAAGCUUUAUUUUCUUAUGGAACAUUUCUGGGAUAUUUUAUUUCAGCUCAUGAAACAAGGGACCAACACAUUACAUGUUGCGUUUUAUUUUUGUUUAGUGUAUUUUUCCAGGGGAACAAAUAGUAACUUUGGAGGUGACUACAACUAUUUGAAUACAGAUCUCAGAAAGUAACUACUUUCGUAAACUAUUUGAAAACAGAUCUGAGAAAGCAACUACUUAAAAAACAUAUUUGAAUACAGAUCGCAGGAAGUGACUACUUUUCUGAAACUAUUGGAUUGGCUGCCUUCAACUAAUGGCAGGGCUGUAUCUGGAACUGCAUGUUGAAGAUAGAAAUACAAUGAAUAGGGCACACAUAAUCUCCUCUACUAUUCAAAUGUAUUUGAUCCACACAAUACAUUUCUACAGUGGCUUGCGAAAGUAUUCACCCCCCUUAGCAUUUUUCCUAUUUUGAGGGUUUGUAUCAUUUCAUUUAUACAACAUGCCUACCACUUUGAAGAUGCAAAAUAUUUUUUCUUGUGAAACAAACAAGAAAUAAGACAAGAAAACAGAAAACUUGAGCGUGCAUAACUAUUCACCCCCCCAAAUUCAAUACUUUGUAGAGCCACCUUUUGCAGCAAUUACAGCUGCAAGUCUCUUGGGGUAUGUCUCUAUAAGCUUGGCACAUCUAGCCACUGGGAUUUUUGCCCAUUCUUCAAGGCAAAACUGCUCCAGCUCCUUCAAGUUGGAUGGGUUCCGCUGGUGUACAGCAAUCUUUAAGUCAUACCACAGAUUCUCAAUUGGAUUGAGGUCUGGGCUUUGACUAGGCCAUUCCAAGACAUUUAAAUGUUUCCCCUUAAACCACUCGAGUGUUGCUUUAGCAGUAUGCUUAGGGUCAUUGUCCUGCUGGAAGGUGAACCUCCGUCCCAGUCUCAAAUCUCUGGAAGUCUGAAACAGGUUUCCCUCAAGAAUUUCCCUGUAUUUAGCGCCAUCCAUCAUUCCUUCAAUUCUGACCAGUUUCCCAGUCCCUGCUGAUGAAAAACAUGAUGAUGAUGGGAUGAUGUUGGGAUGGGAUGAUGUUCUCCGGGUGAUGAGAGGUGUUGGGUUUGUGCCAGACAUAGCGUUUUAUUUGAUGGCCAAAAAGCUAAAUGUUAGUCUCAUCUGACCAGAGUACCUUUUUCCAUAUGUUUGAGGAGUCUCCCACAUGCCUUUUGGCAAACACCAAUGGCUUUUUUCUUGCCACUCUUCCGUAAAGCCCAGCUCUGUGGAGUGUACGGCUUAAAGUGGUCCUAUGGACAGAUACUCCAAUCUCCGCUGUGGAGCUUUACAGCUCCUUCAGGGUUAUCUUUGGUCUCUUUGUUGCCUCUCUGAUUAAUGCCCUCCUUGUCUGGUCCGUGAGUUUUGGUGGGCGGCCCUCUCUUGGCAGGUUUUUUGUGAUGCCAUAUUCUUUCCAUUUUUUUAUAUUUAAUGGUGCUCCGUGGGAUGUUCAAAGUUCCGGAUGUUUUUUUAUAACCCAACCCUGAUCUGUACUUCUCCACAACUUUGUCCCUUACCUGUUUGGAGAGCUCCUUGGUCUUCAUGGUGCCGCUUGCUUGGUGGUGCCCCUUGCUUAGUGGUGUUGCAGACUCUGGGGCCUUUCAGAAUAGGUGUAUAUAUACUGAGAUCAUGUGACACUUAGAUUGCACACAGGUGGACUUUAUUUAACUAAUUAUGUGACUUCUGAAGGUAAUUGCAUGCACCAGAUCUUAUUUAGGGGCUUCAUAGCAAAGGGGGUGAAUACAUAUGCAUGCACCACUUUUCCGUUAUUUAUUUUUUAGAAUUUCUUUAAACAAGUUAUUUUUUUCAUUUCACUUCACCAAUUUGGACUAUUUUGUGUAUGUCCAUUACAUGAAAUCCAAAUAAAAAUCCAUUUAAAUUACAGGUUGUAAUGCAACAAAAUAGGAAAAACGCCAAGGGGGAUGAAUACUUUUGCAAGGCACUGUAUCUGAACAUUUAGUAAAUAUCCUUUCUCUUGAAUAUCCAUUGCCCCAGGUGUACAUAAUCAAGUCAAACCAAUUAACCAAUUAUAUUUUGUACAGAUAAGUAUAAAUAAGUUCUGACGCUCAACUAAUGUAUGGCUCUUUCAACAUGCCACUGAAAAGGUUGAAAGCUGCAAUACAUUUUAAUUUUAUGAUACCUGAAAAUAAUUCAAACCCAUUUUCAAACAUUGCAAACAGCAAGUUGGAUGCUUAGCAAAAACAACUUUGAACCUCUUUGUCCAUCUGAGGGUAAGUGUUCUUGUUUCAAACUCACACUAUACCAUCUAUACCAUCUUUAAAUGGAUCUUUAAAUGGAUUGUUUGCUCAUAAUACAAACUAACAUGAUUUUCAACCUACCUUGGCUGUAGUUGAUUCAAGAAGGCAGUUUUGGGAUAUCUAGUUUCCUUUUGACACUUAAUAGCCAUAUUUUGUUACUGUUAGCAUUCUCAGUAACACUUAACAUCAACCUGUUCUUGUGCCUUUGCAAUAAAGCAACAUUUUAUUAGCACAUUGUUACAUAAUACUUGGGUAAUUGCAUUUUAAUUGCAUAAUAAUGAGCUGAGAGUUUUGUUAACUACUGUACACAAGAGGAAUAGUGACUUAUUCCACUUAUGUAAUAACUCCAUUAUUAUGUAAUUAUAAAGCAAUUUCCAAAGUCCUAUGUAACAACAAUGUUGCUACUGUAUUAAUCACAAAGUUACUAACAACUUGAUGUCAACUGACGAAAUUGUAUGCACUCACUACUGAAGUCGCUCUGGAUAAGAGUGUCUGCUAAAUGAGUAACAUUUAAAUGUCACUCAUUAUGAAAAUGUAUUUGUUAGUCAUUUUGAAGCUGCAAAAGUGUUCUACUCUGUUGAGGUGUUUCCAUGUCCCUCAUUUAAUUCUAGGCUAAAUUAAGAUUGGUGGAUUGAUUGUUGUCACUGAGAGGGUUGUAUUGCAUAUCUGUCUGUGUGCUGGAAACACCACCCAAACCAAAAGCUUCACAGCUUUCUGAUGUUAACAGUUCCAAGCUGCGUUUAGGGUGAAUAAUGUGCCAUGUGGUGGGAACUUAAUCUAAUAUUUAUGGAGCUAUUCAUAUUAAUGCUGUCAUUUUAUUGCAGGGCAUAGAUCAUCCUACAGAAUCCAUAAUUGUUUGUCAUGUCGGUUAUGCGUAAUGGAUGCUUUGCUAGUUUCAAUUCAGUGUGGAUUCCCCAGUAUGGAGUCCCAAGUGUGGAUUCCCAAGUACCGUUUUAACUGCCUGAGGUAGCUAUGGAUUCUGUAGGAAUGUGAAAUGUAUUAGUAAAGGAUUAGUAAUGAUAAUUCAAUCAUCAGCAUUAUACUGUGUGCUGUCAGGCUGUAAGGCUUAAAGUGCGUCCAAAUGGCACCCUAUCCCCUAUAUAGUGCACUACUUUCGAUGAGGCCCUGGUCAGUAGUGCAGUGUAUAUAGGGAAUAGGGUGCCAUUUGGGACUCAACGUCAGUCCUGAAGGUGAAGAGGUAAUGAAGAACACAGUGCUUCAGUGUAUAGGAGGAUACCAUUAUUAUAUAUGGUUGAGUUAUGAUGAUUCUCUUCCAUGGCCUUAGGGACAUCACAUCUCUCUAUGCAUGGAGGCUACAACCAGAGAGAGCGAGAGAGGAGAGAGGAGAGAGGAGAGAGGAGAGGAGAGAGAGAGAGAGAGAGAGAGAGAGAGAGAGAGAGAGAGAGAGAGAGAUGUGGCGAGGGCACCGCAGGGCAAACACACAGGGUUACAUCUCUGACUGGUGGAUUAACACAGCCCUGAGUAAAUCAGCAAGGCUUUAGAUGUGACUGUCCAGACCUGAAGAUUUUCCCCUCAUCAUCAGCCAUGUAAACACACACACACACACACACACACACACACACACACACACACACACACACACACACACACACACUAUAAAGGCAAUAUAACAGAUAUUUGUUGAGAGCAGCAGGAGAGAAAUCUUCUGCUGUACCAUAACAAAGAAAGCACCAGAUGUUUCUAAUAAUGUUUCAGUGUUAGCUGUAGCAGUGUAUGUGUGUGUGUGUGUGUUUGUGUGUAUGUGUGUGUGUGUGUGUUUGCUCGACUACUCUGUGAGCUCCAGCAUCAGUGUCUCUGAGGUGUCAGUCACCCAGUGUGAUUCUGGAAGAAGGACCAGAGAGAGGGGCCCGGAUGGACGGCCCCAUGCCAGGAUGGAUCAUUCGAUCCUGGGUAGAGCACUCCCAGGGCCUGGGUCUGCUUGGCUCUCCUUGCCUGGCACUCUGCAACCAGAUCUGAGGCUGCUGCAGGCUGCAGCUGAGUGAAACUCAUCUUUCCUCACCUCACCCCCCAGCUUUACCUACCCCCCCCAACCCUGACCCUCUCCUCAACUCCCUGUCCCUCUCACUUCUCACUUUGACAGGACCCCUGUCAUCCUAUACCCAGACCUGACAACUGGUCUCUCUCUCUCUGUGAUGAGUGUGAUAGAAGGAGUCAGGCGCAGGAGGGUAAAUCACAGAAUACAGAGUUUAUUCCGCUGUACACAGUUGCGCUGGAUAGUGACAACAAAAUACAGGCACAGGGGAACAAUCUACCCCGGCAAUACAAGGUACGGGUAGCUCCAACAAAAUACAGGCACAGGGGAAUAAUCUACCCCGACAAUACAAGGUACGAGUAGCUCCAACAAAAUACAGGCACAGGGGAACAAUCUACCCCGGCAAUACAAGGUACGAGUAGCUCCAACAAAAUACAGGCACAGGGGAAUAAUCUACCCUGGCAAUACAAGGUACGAGUAGCUCCAACAAAAUACAGGCACAGGGGAAUAAUCUACCCCGGCAAUACAAGGUAUGAGUAGCUCCAUCGAGCUACACUCAACUCACAUAAAACAAUCACCCACAAGGACAAGGGGGCAGAGGAAACACUUAUACACAGACUAAUGAGGGGAUAUGAACCAGGUGUGUGUAAUUGACAAGAUAAGACAAAUGGAAUGAUGAUAUAUGGAGCGGCAGUGGCUAGAAGGCCGGUGACGACGAACGCCGAAGCCUGCCCGAACAAGGAGGGGAGGCAGCCUCGGCGGAAGUCGUGACACUCUCUCUGUCUCUCCCUCUCCCUCUCUGUCUCUCUCUGUCUCGCUAUUUCUCGCUCUUGCUCUCGCUCUGUCUCUCGCUCUCUGUCUUUCUCUCUCUCUCCUUUCCUCAUAAUAACACAGCCUCUGAUUAGUUAUGGAAAAACUUCCGUUAUGUAGUUAACCAUCCUCUCAGUGCUGUUGAGUUUUGGAGGUAUUAUUGUGAAGCACAGAGCCUCUACCGUCCCCUUCCAGCCUGAGAAAGAGAGCUGAAUUUACAACCUUGGCUGAGAGAAAGCUUACGCUGGUGUAUUUGUUGUCCUCACUGUAAAAAUGAUUAAUCGUUUUCAUUAUCAAAUGAAACACUGGAGUGGCAGGCAGCGCUUCUUAAAAUAGGAAGGGAUAACUCAAUUAAAGUUAGACCAAGUCAGAACAACGAAAGAGAAGAUGAAAACAGUAAACGAACUUUAGAUACAUAAUACUGUGUGUUCUCAGUGACGUGUACAUGUACGACAAGUUAUGGAAUGUAUUCUCAUUUCUCAUGUUGUGUGUGUGUCUGUGUGUGUCCUCAGACCGGGGAGUACGCCACUGAUGAAGAGGAGGAGGCGGGGCUGGCCGCAGACGGUGGUGAGGAUGAGGAGGGCGAAGGGGAGAAGAGCAUCGAGGUGUUCGAUUUGCCAGAAACGGAGGACAUCAUUUCCCCCUCAGAGUUGGACGCUACCAAACUCUACCAGACGUUCAGAGAGGUCACUUGACACCCCUUUCAUUUGUCUAUUUUAUUUAUUUUAUUAUUCUAUCUAUUCUAUUCGUCUUAUUCUUUCAGCACGCUAAAAAAGACAGAAGUUCCAACAACAACGUCUUACGUAUUUUCCUCACACUAAUAUCACUAAUAAUGUGGCCCGGCACUUUCUACAACAACUAUUUCUCGUUCCUGAUUGCAACAAUGUCAAAGAGUAACAAAUUACUGAAAUAAAGUAUUUGGCCGUUACCUUCUUCUAGAACCCAUUUUCCUUUUUAAAGGAGCCAACCUGCAAGUAAUAUUAAUUGAAAAGGCUUACUGCCACUGCUGGAACCAGGACAUUUUGUCCCUCACCUCACACUUGUGUGACACAUUUAACAAAUUGCCUGAGCUGCGCUGCGGUGUUCUGGAUAUUGAGUGAGAAAUCAUGUCAUCUCUACUGUCCCUAGACCUCUAAUCUCUCUCACUGGGACUCUCUCUCUCCCCCUUUCUCUCUCUCUCUCUCUCCCCCUUUCUCUCUCUCUCCCCCUUUCUCUCUCUCUCUCCCCCUCUCUCUCUUUCUUCACUUAUCUCUACUGCCUCUCUCUCCCCCUCUCUCUUACUACUAUAUCUUUCCUAUCUCCCUUUCUCUUUCAGUCACUCACUCUCCACUUUUCUCUCUCUGCCUACUGACUCUCCCUCUACUUUGUACCUUUCUCUCUCUCCCUCUCUCCCUCUACUUUGUACCUUUCUCUCUCUCUCUCCCUCUCUCCCUCUCUACUUUGUACCUUUCUCUCUCUCCCUCUCUACUUUGUACCUUUCUCUCUCUCUCUCUCUACUUUGUACCUUUCUCUCUCUCUCUCUCUACUUUGUACCUUUCUCUCUCUCCCUCUCUACUUUGUACCUUUCUCUCUCUCCCUCUCUACUUUGUACCUUUCUCUCUCUCUCGCUCUCUCUCUUGGUCUCAUGUUCUGUGAGUCUCUCCCUGUCAGUGGUACAGAGUGCUGUCACGCAUAGGCUGGGCUAUGUGGCUCUUCCCAGUGGUUGUGUGUGUGUGUGUGUGUGUGUGUGUGUGUGUGUGUGUGUGUGUGUGUGUGUGUGUGUGUGCGCAUGAGUCUUGUCCAGCACAGAGGCUGCGCAGCCAAGUGUUUGAUAAUCUGAUCGACCUCCUCCCUUUCUACUCCCUCAGCUGCAGAUCAAGCACACUGUCACCGAGGCAGAGAUACAGAAGCUCAAAAACAAGGUAAGAAAGAUCCCCUGCUGUCAUCUCUAAGAAUGGUAUUACAGGCAAUGGAAGUGCAAUAAACUCAUGAAAAAUAGACAUAUGUUUGGGAAAAAGGACGUCAUUGGACAGUGCAGGGUAUAAUAGUUUCUAUUUUAAGUUAUUUCUGAAUAUUUAAGGCAAUUGCAUGUAUAUUUCAGCAGUUUAGCUUCACUGCACGGCAGAGUUGCCUCUUGCAGUUUCGUGUCACAGGUGUCUGGGCAGUGAAUGAGGCAGUGGUUAAGUGACAGUGACAUGCAAGCAGGCACAGACACUAGAGCUUUCUAAAAGUUUCUGGUUUAUCCUCCCUCUGCAUCCUCACGAGGACAGCUUAGCUCAAACUGCAGGAAAUUAUUUAGAGUCUCAGUAGAUAUUAACUGAAUUCAAUGACUGGAUUUAGUGAAAUUGAAAGGGAAAGGUAAAGGGGGAUACCUAGUAAGUUGUACAACUGGAUACAUUCAACUGAAAUGUGUCUUCCUCAUUUAACCCAACCCCUCUGAAUCAAAGAUAAGCUUGUCGGUGUAAUACUCUUAGCUUGAGCUGCUCUGGUGGUCCUUGGGAGAGUGUUGCUUCAGAAGUUUGCCCUUGAGGAGUAGAAGGAUGUAAUACAAUAACAACGUUUAACGUAAAUGUUUAGAAGGAGGUUACGCUCAAUGAAGGGCUUGUCAUUACAUGAUCUGUUAGUUUCUCUCUGUUGUGAAGGCUGGUUAGUGACCCUUAAGUCAAGUAUAUUAUGGUGCUAUGUGUUUUAUGUUAUGUGUUCAACCCAUAGCAUGGUCUCUUUUUUAGUGUUGACUACGAUACCUGAGUUUCCAUGGCAAAAAGAAAAACACAAAGCAGAAUAAACUCUUUGGUCCUUCAAAACCUACUUUUGUAAAAUAUUGUGUGCUAUAGCUUUUGUGACUCUGGGUGACAACAGAAGGCUGUUUCUUCCAACAUUAGGACUGUUUUCCAAAGAACUGUUGUCCUCUUCAUGUUUUGUUUGCUUUGCUUCCUUACUUCCUAGUAUCGCCAUACUGGUGUCAUGACAACACAUCAUACCAUAGUGCGUUUAGUCAGUCAGUCAGCUGGCUUGUGCAUUACAGUAUUUGGAAAUCUGUCAGAACUGUAUUUGUGUUCCACUGUUUGUUUUUAAUGAUGUACCUAGUGGUGGGUGUAGGCUGUGUGUGUGUGUGUGUGUGUCUGUGUGUGAUACCAUGCUUAUGUGUGCUUGUCUACCCCAGCUAGCUGUGGUGGAGAGGGAGAAGGCACGCUGGGAGAAGGAGAAGAGCCAGCUGAAGGCCAGCAUGGAGGAGAACAAGGAGAGGAUGUUGAAGCUGGAGAGUUAUUGGAUCGAAGCCCAGACCCUGUGCCACACGGUCAACGAGCACCUGAAGGAAGCCCAGUGUCAGUACACCACCCUAGAGAAGAAGUACAACAAGGCCAAGAAACUCAUCAAAGACUUCCAGCAGAAGUGAGUCAGAGUCUGGUGCUAAACUGGUUUAAAUUAGACAAUAUACUGAUUCAAUAUACUGUAACAUUCUUAGCCUUGGUAAGCCUGUUACGAACCCAGGUUCUAUCCCCUCUUCGGGAGUUACUCAUCCCCACCGUUCACUAUCAUACAUAACUUAUACAGAAAAGUCAAGUGCUCUGGUCUAGUCAGUAACUAGCCACACACUUCAGAUCUGUUGGUAUGGUCUAGUCAGUAACUAGCCACACACUCCAGAUCUGUUGCUAUGGUCUAGUCAGUAACUAGCCACACACUCCAGAUCUGUUGCUAUGGUCUAGUCAGUAACUAGCCGCACACUCCAGAUCUGUUGCUAUGGUCUAGUCAGUAACUAGCCACACACUCCAGAUCUGUUGCUAUGGUCUAGUCAGUAACUAGCCACACACUUCAGAUCUGUUGGUAUGGUCUAGUCAGUAACUAGCCACACACUCCAGAUCUGUUGCUAUGGUCUAGUCAGUAACUAGCCACACACUCCAGAUCUGUUGCUAUGGUCUAGUCAGUAACUAGCCGCACACUCCAGAUCUGUUGCUAUGGUCUAGUCAGUAACUAGCCACACACUCCAGAUCUGUUGCUAUGGUCUAGUCAGUAACUAGCCACACACUCCAGAUCUGUUGCUAUGGUCUAGUCAGUAACUAGCCACACACUUCAGAUCUGUUGCUAUGGUCUAGUCAGUAACUAGACACACUCCAGAUCUGUUGCUAUGGUCUAGUCAGUAACUAGCCACACACUCCAGUUAUGUUGCUAUGGUCUAGUCAGUAACUAGCCACACACUUCAGAUCUGUUGCUAUGGUCUAGUCAGUAACUAGCCACACACUUUAGAUCUGUUGCUAUGGUCUAGUCAGUAACUAGCCGCACACUCCAGAUCUGUUGCUAUGGUCUAGUCAGUAACUAGCCACACACUCCAGUUAUGUUGCUAUGGUCUAGUCAGUAACUAGCCACACACUUCAGAUCUGUUGCUAUGGUCUAGUCAGUAACUAGCCACACACUUUAGAUCUGUUGCUAUGGUCUAGUCAGUAACAAGCCACUCCAGAUCUGUUGCUCUGGUCUAGUCAGUAACUAGCCACACACUUCAGAUCUGUUGCUAUGGUCUAGUCAGUAACAAGCCACUCCAGAUCUGUUGCUAUGGUCUAGUCAGUAACUAGCCACACACUCCAGAUAUGUUGCUAUGGUCUAGUCAUUAACUAGCCACACACUCCAGAUAUGUUGCUAUGGUCUAGUCAGUAACAAGCCACACACUCCAGAUCUGUUGCUAUGGUCUAGUCAGUAACAAGCCACUCCAGAUAUGUUGCUAUGGUCUAGUCAGUAACAAGCCACUCCAGAUCUGUUGCUAUGGUCUAGUCAGUAACUAGCCACACACUCCAGAUAUGUUGCUAUGGUCUAGUCAUUAACUAGCCACACACUCCAGAUAUGUUGCUAUGGUCUAGUCAGUAACAAGCCACUCCAGAUCUGUUGCUAUGUUCUAGUCAGUAACUAGCCACACACUCCAGAUAUGUUGCUAUGGUCUAGUCAGUAACAAGCCACUCCAGAUCUGUUGCUAUGUUCUAGUCAGUAACUAGCCACACACUCCAGAUAUGUUGCUAUGGUCUAGUCAGUAACUAGCCACACACUCCAGAUCUGUUGCUCUGGUCUAGUCAGUAACUAGCCACACACUCCAGAUCUGUUGCUAUGGUCUAGUCAGUAACUAGCCGCACACUCCAGAUCUGUUGCUAUGGUCUAGUCAGUAACUAGCCACACACUCCAGAUCUGUUGCUAUGUUCUAGUCAGUAACUAGCCACUCAGAUGUGUCCAUGUCAUCUGUUGCUAUGAGAGUAAAACUGGUUGUUUAUGACUGAAAACCUGAACAUUUAUUACUACAUUAUUCAGACUACUUUGGUUCAUAUGGCCAUGUCAAACCUUAUUAUUGUAGCUUUGUUUUCUUAAUUCAAAUCCAAAUUUAGAGGCCAUUUCAAAUUGUCACUUAUUUUAGGUAAUACACUCACUAUCUGUUAUUCAAACCCUGUUAUUUUCCUAUAAUAUGUUUAUCAAACAAUUUCACAAACAAAUUCCACCCAUUAGUCUGGAGGACAUUUUAACCAAGUGGCACUCAGUUGAAGCAUUGCUUUAGAGAGAGAGAGCUGUGUUGACUUCCUUCCUAUGCAGCUCUCCUCCACACCGCAGCCGCUUUCUCAGCAGUGAGUUGAUCUCUAUGGUCAUUCCCAUUAGAACCGCUUUGCCCCUCUCCGCUCUGAAUGCCUUUAAUUGCCCUUGCCCUUGAUGCGACAAGUCUGUGUUGGGUUUGUUAUGGUUGACUGUCUGUGUGAGUGUGCGUGCGAGGGAGCCUUGCGUCCUUCAGCCCUGCUGUAAGACAGAGGCAGGACUGUGUCAGACUGUCACUCUACUUUACUUCACUGAGCUCCUAUCCUCCCUGGGAUAUUCUCCUCCUACCAUCUCUACAUGUUCACAAGGACACACACACACACACACACACACACUGCACCCUUACCCCUGUACACUCCUGUUAAAGGAGACAACACAGAGAUGAGCUCUACCCAUCCCUUCACAUUCACACAUCCCUCUCCACACCCCUAUCAGAGGAGCUGUCCCCAACCAUCCAACCACCUAACACUCUGUCCCUGUCCUCACCCCUAUCAGAGGAGUUGUCCCCAACCAUCCAACCACCUAACACUCUCUCCCUGUCCUCACCCCUGUCAGAGGGCCACAACUAUACCCUUCUAACCCCCAUCCCCUCUGUUUUUUCCAGGGAGGUGGAGUUUGUCCAGAAGGAGGAUGCAGAGAGAAAGAGGCUGGAGGAUACAGAGAAGGCCCACCUGGAGGAGAUCCAGGGACUGCAAGUCAGGGUAACUAUGCUUUCUCUGUAUAUUCCCUCUACCAUUUUCUCAAUGCUGCUGAUUACACCCAUUCCUUUAUAGGUGACCAUUCAGUACAUACUUGCCACAGUACAUGGCUUUGAUGUACAUGUAUAAGCUUACAAUACUGACUGUGUACAGUGCAAAGCUGUCUAAGUACAAGAUAAAUCCCUUAUGUAAUUCCCCCAGUUCAACAUUAGUACACUGCCUUGAUUAGACAUUUCCCCUGCUGGUACAUGCUGUUGCCAGUGGAGGGAGCCACUGUUCAGCCACCCUUCAUGGGUCGCUAACCCUGAAACUCAUUUGAAACGGUUUCUUCACAGAUUGCAGCCCUGGAGUCUGAGCUGAUGCAACUGAUGAAACAAAAUGGCAUCCAGGUGAACAACAACAACAACAGUGCCCAACAGCAGAGUCCUGGGAUGGCUGGCCCUGCCAGAGGUAAGUCUCAGGGAGAUGGAGAGAUCCAGAGCUCAUAUUCUAGUAUAGCUUCCUCCCCAGGCAGUAAUACCCACACUGUGGAAAUAGAAUACACAUUACUGGUUAUAUACAGAUGAUUGACCCUGAAUCUUCCAUCCAUUCUAAUUUUAGCAGACAUUCUUAUCCAGAGCGACAUACAGGAGCAAUUAGGGUUAAGUGCCUUGCUCAAGGGAACAUCGACAGACUUUUCACCUAGUCAGCUUGGGGAUUCGAACCAGCGCUCUUAACCGCUAGGCUACCUGCCUCCCUCUCAUCCCCCAUGGCUCACUUCUCUUCCCUAUGGGCCCUGGUCAAAAGUAGUGCAUGGAAUAGGGUGCCAUUUGGGAUGAACCGACUGUGUAGAUGAUGCAUUGUUUACAGCAUGUACUGUGAGAGAGAUUCAGGACACUAUUUCCAUAACUGUUAUAGAGCGCGCCAGCUUGUAGUCCUAAAACCCAGAAAUAAGUUACCUUUGGUUCGUUCAGCCAUUCCUAUAGGGAAAAUGAAUGGGGAAAGAAUAGGGUUUUGGGAUAAAUGUUGAAAAUAAGGUCUGACGUUAACACAGGCUUAGGAGAUCUUAGACGUUUUGUUCUAUGAGAUAAGAUUAGUCAGUUAACAUUACCUUUAUGAGUUAUGAAGCCUUUGUGAUUUAUGUGCUUUUUAUUAUUACAUAAAUUCUUCAAAAUUCACAAAAAGUGACAUUAGCUGAUGAAGAUUAUCUCAUAGAACAAAGCGUAUAAGAUCUCUUAAAUCUGUGUUUACCACAGACCUUAUUUUUGGCGUUUAUCCAAGACCCCUACAAAAACACCAUUCCUUUUCCUCAUAGGCUUUGUCCAAUGAACCAUGGCGGAGUUAGUGCCUACAAAAAGACGCCAUUACUAUUUCUGUCUUUUGCCAAUGUAACAAGGACAGCUUGUCCUCCCAUCACCGUAUCUCUGUCUUAGCUAUAAGUCUCUAUCAGGGUAUUUCAAUAGAGGGCAUUGGAGGAGACAUUACACAUCCUUAGGAGGGAUUGAUAUGUCAGUGUCACUCAAACCCUGAGAUACACCCUACAUCUCUCCUAUCAGCUCCUUUCCUAUUUCCUAUGCCCUCAAACUCUGCUGUUAUUGCCUUAUUUGGGACAUGGAGGGGCAAACAAGGACUGUGUCUGACUACAAAUGGCAACCAAUUGGCUCUGGUCAAAAGUAGUGCACUAUUUUUCUAUUUUUUAUUUCACCUUUAUUUAACCAGGUAAGACAGUUGAGAACAAGUUCUAAUUUACAACUGCGACCUGGCCAAGAUAAAGCAAAGCAGUGCGAUAAAAACAACAACACAAGAGUUACAUAUCGGGUAAACAAAACAUAAAGUCAAAAAUACAACUGAAAAUAUAUAUACAGUGUGUGCGAAUGUAGUAAGUUAUGGAGGUAAGGCAAUAAAUAGGCCAUAGUGCAAAAUAGUUACAAUUUCGUAUUAACACUGGAAUGAUAGAUGUGCAAAUAGAGAUACUGGGGUGCAAAUGAGCAAAAUAAAUAACAAUAUGGGGAUGAGGUAGUUGGGUGGGCUAAUUUCAGAAUGGCUGUGUACAGGUGCAGUGAUCGGUAAGCUGCUCUGACAACUGACACUUAAAGUUAGUGAGGGAGAUAAGAGUCUCCAGCUUCAGAGAUUUUUGCAGUUCGUUCCAGUCAUUGGCAGCAGAGAACUGGAAGGAAUGGCGGCCAAAGGAGCUGUUGUGUCACAGCGACGUGUAUGCAUUUACAUUUACAUUUUAGUCACUUAGCAGACGCUCUUAUCCAGAGCGACUUACAGGAGCAAUUAGGGUUAAGUGCCUUGCUCAAGGGGACAUCAACAGAUUUUUCACCUAGUCGGCUCGGGGAUUAGAACCAGCGACCUUUCGGUUACUGGCACAACGCUCUUAACCACUAAGCUACCUGCCGCCCCUGCCGCUACCUGCAUUCAACUGAAAUGUCUUCCGCAUUUAACCCCACCCCUCAGAGAGGUGCGGGGGGGCUGCCUUAAUCGACAUCCAUGUCAUCGGCACCCAAUGCUAAGGCUUGUGCUGCAGUCAGAAACAGAAAUGAUUCUAGCUAGUUCAUUGCUGGAGUGAGUAACUGACGGCAUAAAUAAUGAGGAAGUUAAUUAGCGGGGAUAGCUUUGUCUCGACUCUGGUGUGGCUGGGGUGAUAAUCCACAGAGAGAAACUGGCUACAGGAACAAAACUGCCUGCUUUACCUUUCCUGCCAAAAGCUUAAACUGAUGAGGGAAAACAAUUGCCAGAUGAACACCCCGUCCUAUCAGCACAUCUACAACAAACAUCAUCUGCAACUGAUCAAGGCUGAAACAAAAACCUCUAGAGACCACAAGCCUUAAAAUGAAACUCAGAAAUAGUGUAGAAAAAAGGAAAUCCAGUUUAAAAAUAUUUGAUUCAAAAUAAAAUGUUUAUGCCCACAUCAGGUGGUCAUUUUGAGGAGUGCCCAAAAUUUUGACAAGGCGUAAAGUAUCUAGGGGACCAGGAUGGUGCAUCCCCUUCACCGGUGACACUCAAGCUGGACUUGAGGACAGAUGUUCUAAAUAGUCAGAUGGAUGCUGAGGUCCUAGUCCUGCUCCAUGGGCUCCUCACUGGUCCCCGUGUCCAGGCUGCCGCUCUCCAUGGCGCCCUCUGCAGGUGGCUCAGGAGUACUGCUGGAGGGAGCAGGGGCUCUCUCUUUCCUGGCUCCGAUCUCCUCACUGCUACUGCUGCUGACGCUACUGCUGCUUCUGCUGACUGGGUCACUGCCUUCAUCGCUGUCCCGGGCCUCAGGGCUCUCCAGGACUCAAGUAUGCGGUAGGCGAAGUCAAGAGCAGGACACCGAGCUACUGGCAGAAACUUUACUGAAUGCAGUGCAAAAUACAAAGUACACAGGCAGCCUCAAACAGCGAGGAAAUAAUAAGACCCGCAUACAUGGGCAACUGCCGCAAAGACCAAAACAAUUAUGCACAAUACACAAUGAGAAACAGAGGGUUAUAAAGGGAACACAGUAAAACAUAAUGGGAAACAGGAAACAAUAAAGACCAAACAAGACAAACACAGAAACAUCGAUCGGCAGCAGCUAGUACUCCAGGGACGACGAACGCCGAAGCCUGCCCGAGCAAGGAGGAGGAGCAGCCUCGGCUGAAUCCAUGACAGUACCCCCCCCCCCCCUUGACGCGCGGCUCCAGCCGUGCGCCGACCCCGGCCUCGGGGACAGCCAGAAGGACGCGGAGCAGGGCGAGUCGGAUGACUCCGCUGGAAAUCCCUCAACAUGGAGGGAUCUAGGAUGUCCCUCCUAGGGACCCAGCACCGUUCCUCCGGACCGUACCCCUCCCACUCCACGAGAUACUGCAGGCCCCCCAUCCGACGCCUCGAAUCCAAGAUGGAACGGACUGAGUACGCCGGAGCCCCCUCGAUGUCCAGCGGGGGCGGAGGAGCCUCUCGUACCUCACUCUCCUAGAGUGGACCAGCUACUACCGGCCUGAGGAGAGACACAUGGAACGAGGGGUUAAUGCGGUAAUUAAUGGGCAGUUGUAACCUAUAACAUACCUCGUUCAAUCUCCUCAGGACUAUAAAUGGCCCCACAAACCGCCAACCCAGCUUCCGGCAGGGCAGGCGAAGGGGCAGGUUUCGGGUCGAGAGCCAGACCCGAUCUCCCGGUGCAUACACCGGAGCCUCACUGCUGUGGCGAUCGGCGCUCGCCUUUUGCCGCCUGAUCGCUCGCUGUAGAUGGACAUGCUUCGAUCUGGCUCUGAUGCCAAGGUGCCAGGACCGGCUGAUAACCUAGCACACACUGGAAAGGAGUAAGGUUAGUAGAGGAGUGGCAAAGUGAGUUUUGGGCUAUUUCUGCCCAGGGGAUAUAUUCCGACCACUCCCCCUGCCGGUCCUGGCAAUAGGACCUCAGAAACCUACCCACAUCCUGGUUCACUCUCUCCACCUGCCCAUUACUCUCGGGGUGAAACCCUAAGGUAAGGCUAAUCGAGACCCCCAGACGUUCCAUAAACGCCCUCCAGACUCUAGAGGUGAACUGGGGACCCCGAUCAGACACUAUAUCCUCAGGUACCCCGUAGUGCUGGAAGACGUGUGUAAACAGGGCGUCAGCAGUUUGUAGGGCUGUAUGGAGACCUGGCAUAGGAAUGAGACGGCAGGCCUUUGAAAACCGAUCCACAACGACCAAGAUCGUUGUAUUCCCCUGGGAGGGGGGAAGGUCCGUGACGAAAUCCACCAAGAGGUGAGACCACGGUCGUUGUGGAACGGGUAGGGGUUGUAAUUUCCCUCUGGGUAGUUGUCUAGGCGCCUUACACUGAGCGCACACCGAGCAGGAGGAAACAUAAACCCUCACGUCCUUAGCCAAAGUGGGCCACCAGUACUUUCCACUAAGGCAGUGCACUGUCCGUCCAAUACCAGGAUGGCCAGAGGAAGGUGACAUGUGAGCCCAAUAUAUUAAUCGAUCACAAACCUCGAGCGGCACGUACUUCCGACCCUCUGGACACUGUGGGGGAGUAGGAUCGGUACGUAACGCCCGCUCAAUGUCCGCAUCAACCUCCCAUACCACCGGUGCCACCAGACAAGACUCCGGAAGUAUGGGAGUAGGCUCAAUGGACCUCUCCUCUGUGUCAUAUAGUCGGGACAGGGCGUCUGCCUUAGCGUUCGGUGACCCUGGUCUAUAGGUGAGCGUAAAUACAAAUCGGGUGAAAAACAUAGCCCACCUAGCCUGGCGAGGGUUCAGCCUCCUCGCCGCCCGGAUGUACUCCAGGUUACGAUGGUCAGUCAAAAUGAGAAAAGGGUGUUUAGCCCCCUCAAGCCAAUGCCUCCACACCUUCAGGGCUUGCACCACAGCUAACAGCUCCCUGUCCCCCACAUCAUAAUUGCGCUCCGCCGGACUGAGCUUCUUAGAAAAGAAAGUACAGGGGCAGAGUUUGUGGUGGCGUACCCGAGCGCUGAGACAGUACAGCACCGAUCCCAGCCUCGGACGCAUCCACCUCAACUUGGAACGCCAAAGAGGGAUCCGGAUGUGCCAGCACCGGAGCCGAGGUAAACAGGUCCUUCAGAUGCCUAAAAGCCCUGUCCGCCUCAGUCGACCACUGCAGACGCACCGGACCCCCCUUUAGCAGGGAGGUAAUGGGAGCUGCUACCUGCCCAAAGCCCCAGAUAAACCUCCGGUAGUAAUUGGCAAAACCCAAGAACCGCUGCACCUCCUUCACCGUGGUGGGAGUCGGCCAAUUGCGCACGGCUGAAACAUGCCCACCCCUGACGCGGACAACCGGUGUCCCAGGAAGGAGAUGGACUCCUGGAAGAACAGACAUUUCUCCGCCUUUGCAUACAGGUCAUGCUCCAACAGUCUACCAAGCACCCGACGAACCAGGGACACAUGCUCUGCGCGGGUAGCGGAGUAUAUUAGAAUGUCAUCAAUAUACACCACUACACCCUGUCCAUGUAAGUCCCAGAAAAUCUCAUCCACAAACGAUUGGAAGAUGGAAGGAGCAUUCAUUAACCCGUAUGGCAUGACGAGGUACUCAUAGUGACCCGAGGUGGUACUGUAUGCUGUCUUCCACUCAUCUCCCUCCCUAAUCCGCACCAGGUUGUACGCGCUCCUGAGAUCGAAUUUUGUGAAGAAUCGCGCCCUGUGUAAUGACUCCGUCAUACUAGCAAUCAGAGGGAGAGGAUAGCUAGAUUUGAUGGUGAUCUGAUUGAGACCACGGUAGUCAAUACACGGGCGUAAACCCCCAUCUUUCUUCUUCACAAAAAAGAAACUCGAGGACGCAGGGGAAGUGGACGGCCGUAUGUAUCCCUGUCUCAGCGAUUCAGCGACAUAUGUUUCCAUAGCCGCCGUCUCCGCCUGAGACAGAGGAUACACAUGGCUACAUGGAAGCACAGCGCCUACUUGGAGGUUUAUCGCACAAUCCCCCUGGAAUGUGCAUGGUGGGAACCUGGUUCAGGACUUUCCACCGUCGUGGCCCCUACGGAAACACCCACACACCUCCCGACACACUGAUCAAACCAUCCCUUGAGAGCCCUCUGUUGCCAUGAAAUGUUGGGGUCAUGAGACGUCAACCAGGGAAGCCCCAACACCACGUGAAAUGCAGGAGAGUCAAUCAAAUAAAACCGAAUUAUCUCCUCAUGGCCCUCCUGCGUUUUCAUCCUGAGCGGCGCCGUGACCUCCCUAAUCAACCCAGACCCCAAAGGGCGACUAUCUAGGGCAUGGAUAGGGAAGGGCACAUCCACUGGAACUAUAGGAAUCCCUAACUUAUGGGUGAAAUGGCGAUCGAUAAAAUUCCCAGCUGCGCCUGAAUCGACUAGCGCCUUAUGCUGGGAAUCAGGAGAAACCUCGGGAAACACAACUUUAAUACACAUAUGCGCAACAGGGAGCUCUGGGUGAGUUGGGCGCCUUCUCACCUGGAAUGACUCAUCAGUGCGCGGCCUACAGCCUCGAUUCCGAGGAGACCCUCCCCAGCACCGACCAGCAGUGUGUCCUCUGCGGCCACAGUUGGUGCAGGGGACGGCCUCUCUCCUGGUCUCUCUCCUAGUACCAGCACCUCCGAGCUCCAUCAGGGUCGGCUCAGGAAGUGCUGGGGGAUGGAAUGGACGGCCCUGAGUCCGGACGUCCGCAGGCAGCCAACAGGGUGUCCAGGCGAAUCGACAUGUCCACCAGUUGAUCGAAGUUUAGGUUGGUGUCCCUGCAGGCCAAUUCCCGACGCACGUCCUCCCUCAAGCUACAUCUGUAGUGGUCGAUGAGGGCCCUCUCAUUCCAUCCCGCGUUGGCAGCCAGUGUCCGGAAGUCCAGUGCGAACUCCUGCGCGCUCCUCCUCCCCUGUCGAAGGUGGAAUAGACGUUCACCCGCCGCCUUACCCUCUGGUGGAUGAUCGAAUACUGCCCUGAAGCGGCGGGUGAACUCUGCAUAAUUGACUGUAGCGGCGUCUAUUCCCCCCCACUCGGCGUUGGCCCACUCCAGCGCCUUGCCGGACAGACAGGAGAUGAGGGCGGACACGCUCUCGUAUCCCGAGGGCGCCGGGUGGAUGGUUGCCAGGUAGAGUUCCACCUGGAGCAGGAAACCCUGACACCCGGCAGCUGUGCCAUCAUAAGCCCUCGGGAGCGAGAGCCGAAUCCCACUGGACCCUGGAGAUGAAGCGAUGGGCAUAGCUGAUGGUGGUGGUAUCGUCGGAGGAGGUGUAGACCAACUUCUUCUUUCCCAUCGCUCCACGGUUUUCACCACCUGUUCCAUGGCGGUGCCGAGAGCCUGGAUCAUAGCCGCUUGUUGUUCUACGCGCUCUUCUAUUGAUCCAGCUGGCACCGCCGCUCCUGCUGACUCCAUCUCUAAAGGUGCGAAAUUCUGUCACAGCGACGUGUAUGCGGUAGGCGAAGUCAAGAGCAGGACACCGAGCUACUGGCAGAAACUUUACUGGAUGCAGUGCAAAAUACAAAGUACACAGGCAACCUCAAACAGCGAGGAAAUAAUAAGACCCGCACACAUGGGCAACUGCCGCAAAGACCAAAACAAUUACGCACAAUACACAAUGAGAAACAGAGGGUUAUAAAGGGAACACAAUAAAACAUAAUGGGAAACAGGUGUAAACAAUAAAGACCAAACAAGACAAACACCGAAACAUCGAUCGGCAGCAGCUAGUACUCCGGGGACGACGAACGCCGAAGCCUGCCCGAGCAAGGAGGAGGAGCAGCCUCGGCUGAAUCCGUGACAUGUUGGCUUUGGGGAUGACCAGUGAGAUAUACCUGCUGGAGCGCAGACUAGGGGUGGGUGUUGCUAUGGUGACCAGUGAGCUAAGAUAAGACAGGGAUUUGCCUAGCAGUGAUUUAAAGAUGACCUGGAGCCAGUGGGUUUGGCGACGAAUAUGUAGUGAGGACCAGCCAACAAGAGCGUACAGGUCACAGUGGUGUGUAGUAUAUGGGGCUUUGGUGACAAAACGGAUGGCACUGUGAUAGACUACAUCCAAUUUGCUGAGUAGAGUGUUGGAGGCUAUUUUGUAAAAGACAUUGCCGAAGUCAAGGAUCGGUAGGAUAGUCAGUUUUACGAGGGCAUGUUUGGCAGCAUGAGUGAAGGAGGCUUUGUUGCGAAACAGGAAGCCAAUUCUGGAUUUAACUUUGGAUUGGAGAUGCUUAAUGUGAGUCUGGAAGGAGAGUUUACAGUCUAACCAGACACCUAGGUACAGUGGGGGAAAAAGUAUGGGGGUUAGUGUGUCAUUUGGGAAGCAGCUUGUAUUAAUGCAUACUGUGAUCACUAGCUCUAAGACUUACAGUAGCCAAAGGCUUGAGAUGUGUCCUUGGAUUAAAGCUUGUUUUGUUUGUUGCUCCUCUUCUGCAAAUCCCUCUUAUUAUUUUUGCCCCCACCGUGCAUUACCUCUGAAUGCACUUUGAACUUUGACCUCGUACUCCAAUGCCACUUCAGUAAACAAACCAACAGUAAACCAUCGCAUACAACAUCUGUCCUUAAGACGUAAACACAUGGUUGCGUCCCAAAUGACACCCUACUUCCUAUUUAGUGCACUACUUUUGAGAAAAAAAAGUAGUGCACUAUGUAGGAAAUAGGGUCCCAUUUGGGAUCCAUAAUUUCACUGUCCUUUUUUCUUCUGGGCUCCUCUGGCUUCUUCCAGUCCCAGUCUAUUAUAAUGGAUGCAGCGGCCCUUGAUCUGCCAUCUCCAGGAGCCAUAAUAGACCUGAUGAGGGCACAGUGGGCAGUCUCUGAGUAAUGAUCCAGAUCUGGAGAGACUGAAUGAGGCAGUUGAUUAAGCAAUAUCAGGGAGAGAGAGAGGGGGUAGGGCGGAAGGGGGAACGAGGCGGAGGGGGAGAGAGGCGGAGGGAGGGAGGGAGGGACCUGUUCUCUGAUUAGUUCUGUGAUUAGUUCUGUGAUUAGUCCUGUGAUUAGUUCUGUGAUUUAGUGUGGUGUGAUUUUUGUGUGUAUUUACAUACCGUUCAUACAGUCCUGUAAAUCUAUCCAUAGUAAAGUAAGUAGGCUUGGCUUGUGAGUGCCAAAACGGCUCAUAGAACAGGAGCCUAUCUCCUGUUUCUAUAGCGUGAGGCAUCUUGAUGUCCAAGUACACCCCCUAGACAGGACGCUAGUCUAAGGAGAUUGAUUGGGGGUAAGGGCCUGCGAUAGAUCUACACAUGUAUGGUACCGAAUGACAAACAGCCUCUCUUUUAUCAUAGAUUAGUGGUUAAGAGCGUUGUGCCAGUAACCGAAAGGUCGCUGGUUCUAAUCCCCGAGCUAACUAGGUGAAAAAUCUGUCGAUGUGCCCUUGAGCAAGGCACUUAACCCUAAUUGCUCCUGUAAGUCGCUCUGGAUAAGAGCGUCUGCUAAAUGACAAAAAUUUAAAUGUAAAAUGUAAUAUACAGUACCAGUUAAAAGUUUGGACACACCUACUCAUUCAAGGGUUUUUCUUUAUUUUUACUAUUUUCUACAUUGUAGAACUAUGAAAUAACACAUAUAGAAUCAUGUAGUAACCAAAAAAGUGUUAAACAAAUCAAAAUAGAUUUUAUAAUUGAGAUUCUUCAAAUAGCCACCCUUUGCCUUGAUGACAGCUUUGCACACUCUUGGCAUUCUCUCAACCAGUUUCACCUGGAAUGCUUCUCCAACAGUCUUGUAGGAGUUCCCACAUAUGCUGAGCACUUGUUGGCUGCUUUUCCUUCACUCUGCGGUCCGACUCAUCCCAAACGAUCUCAAUUUGGUUGAGGUCGGGGGAUUGUGGAGGCCAGGUCAUCUGAUGCAGCACUCCAUCACUCUCCUUCUUGGUAAAAUAGCCCCUACACAGCCUGGAGGUGUGUUGGGUCAUUGUCCUGUUGAAAAACAAAUUAUAGUCCCACUAAGCCCAAACCAGAUGGGAUGGUGUAUCGCAGCAGAAUGCUGUGGUAGCCAUUCUGGUUAAGUGUGCCUUGAAUUCUAAAUAAAUCACAGACAGUGUCAUCAGCAAAGCACCCCCAGAACAUAACACCUCCUCCUCCAUGCUUUACGGUGGGAAAUACACAUGCGGAGAUCAUCCGUUCACCCACACCGAGUCUCACAAAGACACAGCGGUUGGUACCAAAAAUCUCAAAUUUUGACUCCAGAGGACAGAUUUCCACCGGUCUAAUGUCCAUUGCUCGUGUUUCUUGGCCCAAGCAAGUCUCUUCUUCUUAUUGUGUGUCCUUUAGUAGUAGUUUCUUUGCAGAAAUUCGACCAUGAAGGCCUGAUUCACACAGUCUCCUCUGAACAGUUGAUGUUGAGAUGAGUCUGUUACUUGAACUCUGUGAAGCAUUUAUUUGGGCUGCAAUUUCAGAGGAUGGUAAAUCUAAUGAACUUAUCCUCUGCAGCAGAGGUAACUCUGGGUCUUCCAUUCCUGUGGCGGUCCUCAUGAGAGCCAGUUUCAUCAUAGCACUUGAUGGUUUUUGCGGCUGCACUUGAAGAAACUUUCAAAGUUCUUGAAAUGUUCCGUAUUGACUGACCUUCGUGUCUUAAACUAAUGAUGGACUGUCAUUUCUCUUUGCUUAUUUGAGCUGUUCUUGCCAUAAUAUGGACUUAUUUUACCAAAUAGGGCUAUAUUCUGUAUAGCCCCACUACCUUGUCACAACACAACUGAUUGGCUCAAACGCAUUAAGAAGGAAAGAAAUUCCACACAUUAACUUUUAAGAAGACACACCUGUUAAUUGAAAUGCAUUCCAGGUGACUACCUCAUGAAGCUGGUUGAAAGAAUGCCAUGAGUGUGCAAAGAUGUCAUCAAGGCAAAGGGUGGCUACUUUGAAGAAUCUCAAAUAUAAAAUCUAUUUGUGUAACACUUUUAUGGUUACUUUAAAUUCCAUAUGUGUUAUUUCAUAGUUUUGAUGUCUUCACUAUUAUUCUACAAUGUAAAAAAUAGUCAAAAUAAAGAAAAACCCUUGAAUGAGUAGGUGUGUCCAAACUUUUGAUUGGUAGUGUAUAUUUUCAUGUAAUUCUAUAGCAAGAGGACCUUUGUUAGCCUGGUCCCAGAUCUGUUUACACUAUAAUGUUGAGUCCUUGUCAUGCCAAACAUGAUAGCACAAACAGAUCUGGGAUCAGGCUAGACCUUUAUGACUGUUGUAGACAUGUAAUUGAUGAUAACUAAGGAUGUGUGUGUUGUUCCAGAGCUGAGUGAGGCGGAUCCCCACACUGGAAGCAAACAGAGACUCUCCAGAGGACUACUACAGGACAGCAUCAGCUCUACAGAGGGAGAGGUUUGUAUGGACACACACACGCAUGGUGAACGCAUGGGCACACUCGCAUGGUGAACACACACAUGAGCACACACACAUGUGCACACACAGGACCUGUUCUGCUGACUCACACAGACUUUAGUCUCAAUGAUGAUAUCAUCAGUCUGCUAUAAUCACUACCAGAUGUUGGAUCAACAUUACUCAUUGAAAAUGAAUUGAACUGGUUUCAUAUUAUGUUUUAUUCAAGUGAAUCAUGCAGAGAGUGUGUGUGGGUAGCCCUGUCUGUCCUCUGCCCUUAUAUAAAAGCCUUUAUGUAAUGUAUUAAUUACUGGCUACGAGUCUGUGCCCUGCGGCAGACCUAUUUAAUCCUGAGUGGUGUCAAAACCUAUUCUCCCUCCUUACUGAGUUAAUUGCUGGGAAAGUCUCUUUUGGAAAACACUAUUUCCCAGUUAUAAGCUUUUUCCCUUAAUCAGCAAUAAUAUUGAGCAGUGGUUCACCCCCAAAUGUCACCCUAUUCCCUUUAUAAUGCACUGCUUUGGACCAGGGCCCAUAGGACUCAGCACUAUAUAGGGAAUAGGGUGCCAUUUGGGACGCAAUCUCGGAAUAUAGUAUAUAGGCUUAGAAAAGCAGGAAGACAGACAGUCACCAGCCACUGUACUGAAGACAGACAGUCAUCAGCCACUAUACUGAAGACAGACAGUCACCAGCCACUAUACUGAAGAAAGACAGUCACUAUACAGAAGACAGACAGUCACCAGCCACUAUACAGAGGACAGACAGUCACCAGCCACUAUACUGAAGACAGACAGUCACCAGCCACUAUACUGAAGACAGACAGUCACCAGCCACUAUACAGAGGACAGACAGUCACCAGCCACUAUACUGAAGAAAGACAGUCACCAGCCACUAUACUGAAGACAGACAGUCACCAGCCACUAUACUGAAGACAGACAGUCACCAGCCACUGUACUGAAGACAGACAGUCACCAGCCACUAUACAGAAGACAGACAGUCACCAGCCAGUAUACUGAAGACAGACAGUCACCAGCCACUGUACUGAAGACAGACAGUCACCAGCCACUAUACAGAAGACAGACAGUCACCAGCCACUAUACAGAAGACAGACAGUCACCAGCCACUAUACUGAAAACAGAUAGCCACCAGCCACUGUACUGAAGACAGACAGUCACCAGCUACUAUACUGAAGACAGACAGUCACCAGCCAAUAUACAGAGGACAGACAGUCACCAGUCACUGUACUGAAGACAGACAGUCACCAGUCACUAUACAGAAGACAGACAGUCACCAGCCACUAUACAGAAGACAGACAGUCACCAGCCACUAUACUGAAAACAGACAGUCACCAGCCACUAUACUGAAGACAGACAGUCACCAGACACUGUACUGAAGACAGACAGUCACCAGCCACUGUACUGAAGACAGACAGUCACCAGUCACUGUACUGAAGACAGACAGUCAACAGUCACUAUACAGAAGACAGACAGUCACCAGCCACUAUACAGAAGACAGACAGUCACCAGCCACUAUACUGAAAACAGACAGUCACCAGCCACUAUACAGAAGACAGACAGUCACCAGACACUGUACUGAAGACAGACAGUCACCAGCCACUAUACUGAAGACAGACAGUCACCAGCCACUGUACUGAAGACAGACAGUCACCAGCCAAUAUACAGAGGACAGACAGUCACCAGCCACUGUACUGAAGACAGACAGUCACCAGUCACUGUACUGAAGACAGACAGUCACCAGCCACUAUACUGAAAACAGACAGUCACCAGCCACUGUACUGAAAACAGACAGUCACCAGCCACUAUACUGAAGACAGAAAGUCACCAGACACUACACAGAGGAGACAGUACCAGCCACUAUACUGAAGACAGUCACCAGACACUGUACUGAAGACAGACAGUCACCAGCCACUAUACAGAAGACAGACAGUCACCAGCCACUAUACAGAGGACAGACAGUCACCAGCCACUAUACUGAAGACAGACAGUCACCAGCCACUAUACAGAAGACAGACAGUCACCAGCCACUAUACAGAGGACAGACAGUCACCAGCCACUAUACUGAAGACAGACAGUCACCAGCCACUAUACAGAAGACAGACAGUCACCAGCCACUAUACUGAAAACAGACAGUCACCAGCCACUAUACAGAAGACAGACAGUCACCAGACACUGUACUGAAGACAGACAGUCACCAGCCACUAUACUGAAGACAGACAGUCACCAGCCACUGUACUGAAGACAGACAGUCACCAGCCACUAUACAGAAGACAGACAGUCACCAGCCACUAUACAGAGGACAGACAGUCACCAGCCACUAUACAGAAGACAGACAGUCACCAGCCACUAUACAGAAGGAAGUCAUGCAAUUAGUGUGUAACCUUUACUACGGUAAGAUAACCACCUGAGGAUAAUGAUGCAGAGAAGGAGGGAGGGAGGGAGGGAGGGAGGGAGGGAGGGAGGGAGGGAGGGAGGGAGGGAGAGAACAUGUUUCAUUUACAGAGCUAGGUGGCUGUCAGGUGUCUCAGGGUGGGCUGUCUCAGGGUGGACUGUCUCAGGGUAGACUGUCUCAGGGUAGACUGUCUCAGGGUAGACUGUCUCAGUUUCUCUGAUUUUUGAUAGCAUUGUUAAAGUAAAUCUCUCUCUGUGUUCAUCUCUCUGUCUCUUUCUAUCUCCUUCCAUCUUUCUCCUUCUUUAUUGAUCCCUCCCUCCAUCCUUCUUACUCUGUCCCCCCUUCUCCUUCCCCCCCCCCCCCCCCCUCUCUCUCUCUCUCUCUCUCUCUCGCUUCCCAGGCAUCAGAGAGCCCUGGCAGUACUUGUUCGUCCAUCCGGAGUGCAGCCUCCAGUACUGUGGAUGAGUCCAGAGCCUCCAGGGCCCCUGGCAGUGCUGAGGGCUCCCCCAGACACAACCUCCUUCAGCAGGCUGCAGACAACAACGGUCAGUGUAGAACCACAUCAUACACCAUUAUACCUAAAGUGUUAUCCACAUCAUUAAAGGUGCUCCAAGAUGGCGUAGCAGUGUGGUCGUGUACUCUGUAGUGUGUCCGUGUAAAUAGCCUGUAUUUUUUUUUUUUUUAAUAUAUUUCCCUAUCACACUUUUCAUCCUUCUACUAAAUAUACUUUCCUGCAACCCGCCUCACUCAAUGUGGAACGGAUUCUAUUAUUGACGUACCUUUUAUCUAGAAUCUCCAGUUGAAACUAGCUAGCCAGCUAACUAGCUACUUGCUAUUAGCCACCGUUAGCGUUUUUUCACCCAGAACAUCGGAUUUUCUGCCGGAAUAACUGAAUCACUGGACCUUAACACCGGAUCGCAACUAGCUAGCCGCAACCGAAUGGAUGUUGCUGUUGGCUAAUCACCACUGCCCCCGAAGCAAGCACCAGUUAGCCUUGAGCUAGCCGCGAGCCAGGCCCAUAUCCCGGCUAUCUACCUCUCUGUCUACCGGAUGGGAGUAGCCAGCUAACUAGCUACUUGCUAUUAGCCACCGUUAGCGGUUUUUCACCAUUGUCCGUGGCCUGCACUACCUACCAGCCAGCUCUAGCCUGGACUAUUAUCGGCCAGUCUGCACUGUCUGCACAGCACGUUAUCGACCCAGAACAUAUCUGAUUUUCUGCCGGAAUCACUGAAUCACUGGACCUUUAACACCGGAUCAUCGCAACUAGCUAGCUGCAACCGAAUGGAUGUUGUUGUUGGCUAAUCAGCCUUGAGCUAGCCUCGAGUCAGGCCCAUCUCCUGGCUAUCUACCUCUCUGUCAACCGGACGGGACCUUCUAGUGUCAACACGGAGCCCCGCCGAUCCAUCACGACUGGUCUGCCGACGUAAUCGUCUGUGGUUUCAACAGGCUUCCCGUUGCGACGACCACGAAGAUCCAUCUGCUAGCCCCGGCCCGCAAGCACACGCAAUCAACAGCCGUGCUUCCUGCUCGCCUGUGCUGUAGCACCAAUUCGAACUGCUCUCGGACUCACAUAUUGCUGUUCACUGGACCUUAUGAUCACUCAGCUGCACAGCUGAUGCCUGCUGGACUGUUCCUUUACACGAUACCCUGUCCUGUUUAUCUGUUUAGCCUCAGCCCAAACUUUCAUCGCCAUUACCAGUUGUUGUCGUCUUAGCUCUCUCGAAUAACACCUGUGAUUGCUUUAUGCCUCUCUCCCAUGUCAAUAUGCCUUGCCUAUUGCUGUUCCAGUUAGUUCUUAUUAUACAAUUUCACUGUAGAGCCCCAAGUCCCUCUCAAACUGCCUCAAAUAGCUCCUUUGUUCCACCCCCUAUACACGCGGAGACCGGCUCAAUCAGUGCAUCCAGUGAUGCUAUCUCUUUCAUUGUUACCCAACGCUUAGGUUUAACUCCACUGUACUCAUAUCCUUCCAUAUCCUUGUCUGUACAUAAUGCCCUCAAUCUAUUCUACAACGCCCGGAAAUCUUCCCUUUUUAUUCUCUGUACCCAACGCACUAGAAGACCAGUUCUUAAAGCCUUUAGCCGUAUCCUUAUUCUAGUCCUCCUCUGUUCCUCUGGUGAUGUAGAGGUUAACCCAGGCCCUGCAGCCCCCAGUAUCACUCCUACUCCCCAGGCGCUAUCAUUGGUUGACUUCUGUAAACGUAAAAGCCUUGGUUUUUUGCAUGUUAACAUCAGAAGCCUCCUCCCUAAGUUUGAGUUAUUCACUGCGUUAGCACACUCCGCCAACCCUGAUGUUCUAGCAGUGUCUGAAUCCUGGCUUAGGAAGGCCACCAAAAAUGCAGAAAUGUCCAUCCCCAACUACAACAUUUUCCGUCUAGAUAGAACUGCCAAAGGGGGUGGAGUUGCAAUCUACUGUAGAGAUAGCCUGCAGAGCUCUAUCAUACUAUCCAGGUCUGUGCCCAAACAGUUUGAGCUCCUACUUUAAAAAAUCCACCUUUCCAGAAAUAAGUCUCUCACUGUUGCCGCUUGCUACAGACCCCCCUCAGCCCUCAGCUGUGCCCUGGACACCAUAUGUGAAUUGAUUGCCCCCCAUCUAUCCUCAGAGUUCGUACUGCUUGGUGACCUAAACUGGGACUAUACUUAACACCCCGGCCAUCCUACAAUCCAAACUAGAUGCCCUUAAUCUCACACAAAUUAUCAAGGAACCUACCAGGUACAACUCUAAAUCCGUAAACAUGGGCACCCUCAUAGAUAUCAUCCUGACUAACUUACCCUCUAAAUACACCUCCGCUGUCUUCAACCAGGAUCUCAGCGAUCACUGCCUUAUUGCCUGCGUCCAUAACGGGUCCGCGGUCAAACGACCACCCCUCAUCACUUUAAAAUGCCCCCUAAAACACUUUAGCGAGCAGGCCUUCCUAAUUGACCUGGCCCAGGUAUCCUGGAUGGAUAUCGAUCUCAUUCCGUCAGUAGAGGAUGCCUGGUUGUUCUUUAAAAGUGCUUUCCUCUCAAUCUUAAAUAAGCAUGCCCCAUUCAUAAAAUUCAGAACUAAGAACAGAUAUAGCCCCUGGUUCUCCUCAGACUUGACUGCCCUUGACCAGCACAAAAACAUCCUGUGGCAUACUGCAUUAGCAUCGAAUAGCCCCCGCGAUAUGCAACUUUUCAGGGAAGUCAGGAAAGCAAAGGCUAGCUUUUUCAAACAGACAUUUGCAUCCUGUAGCACUAACUCCAAAAUGUUUUGUGACACUGUAAAGUCCAUGGAGAAUAAGAGCACCUCCUCCCAGCUGCCCACUGCACUGAGGCUAGGAAACACUAUCACCACCGAUAAAUCUACAAUAAUCGAGAAUUUCAACAGGCAUUUUGCUACGGCUGGCCAUGCUUUCCACCUGGCUACCACUACCCCGGCCACCAGCUCUGCACCCUCCGCUGCAACUUGCCCAUGCCCCAUGUCUUAAGGACAGAUGUUGUAUGCGAUGAUUUACUGUUGGUUUGUUUACUGAAGUGGCAUUGGAGUACGAGGUCCAAGUUCAAAGUGCAUUCAGAGGUAAUGCACGGUGGGGGCAAAAAUAAUAAGAGGGAUUUGCAGAAGAGGAGCAACAAACAAAACAAGCUUUAAUCCAAGGACACAUCUCAAGCCUUUGGCUACUGUAAGUCUUAGAGCUAGUGAUCACAGUAUGCAUUAAUACAAGCUGCUUCCCAAAUGACACACUAUUCCCUACAUAGUUCUCCUCAGACUUGACUGCCCUUGACCAGCACAAAAACAUCCUGUGGCGUACUGCAUUAGCAUCGAACAGCCCCCGCGAUAUGCAACUUUUCAGGAAGUUAGGAACCAAUAUACAUAAUCAGUUAGGAAAGCAAAGGCUAGCUUUUUCAAACAGAAAUGUGCAUCCUGUAGCACUAACUCCAAAAAGUUUUGGGACACUGUAAAGUCCAUGGAGAAUAAGAGCACCUCCUCCCAACAGCCCACUACACUGAGGCUAGGAAACACUGUCACCACCGAUAAAUCUACAAUAAUUGCGAAUUUCAACAAGCAUUUUGCUACGGCUGGCCAUGCUUUCCACCUGGCUACCACUACCCCGGCCACCAGCUCUGCACCCUGCCCAUGCCCCCCCCCCCCCCCCCCCCCCCCGCUUCUCCUUCACACAAAUUCAGACAGCUGAUAUUUUGAAAGAGCUGAAAAAUCUGGACCCCUACAAAUCAGCUGGGCUAGACAAUCUGGACCCUUUCUUUCUAAAAUUAGCUGCUGAAAUUGUCGCAACCCCUAUUACUAGCCUGUUCAACCUCUCUUUCGUAACGUCUGAGAUCCCCAGAGAUUGGACAGCUGCCGCGGUCAUCCCCCUCUUCAAAGUGGGUGACACUCUAGAUCCAAACUGUUACAGACCUAUAUCCAUCCUGCCCUGCCUUUUGGAAGUUUUUGAAAGCCAUGUUAACAAACAGAUCACCGACCAUUUCGAAUCCCACCGCACCUUCUCCGCUAUGCAAUCCGGUUUCCGAGCUGGUCAUGGGUGCACCUCAGCCACGUUCAAGGUCCUAAACGAUAUUAUAACCGCAAUCGAUAAUACAGUACUGUGCAGCCGUCUUCAUCGACCUGGCCAAGGCUUUCGACUCUAUCAACCACCGCAUUCUUAUUGGCAGACUAAAUAGCCUUGGUUUCUCAAAUGACUGCCUCGCCUGGUUCACCAACUACUUCUCAGAUAGAGUUCAAUGUGUCAAAUCGGAGGGCCUGUUGUCUGGACCUAUGGCAGUCUCUAUGGGGGUGCCACAGGGUUCAAUUCUCGGGCCGACUCUUUUCUCUGUGUAUAUCAAUGACUCUCAGAUCCACCUCUACGCAGACGACACCAUACAUCUGGCCCUUCAUUGGACACUGUGUUAACAAACCUCCAAACGAGCUUCAAUGCCAUACAACACUCCUUCCGUAGCAUCUAGCUGCUCUUAAACACUAGUAAAACUAAAUGCAUGCUCUUCAAUCGAACGCUGCUGGCACCCGCCCACCCGACUAGAAUCACUACUCUCGGCGGUUCUGACCUAGAGUAUGUGGACAACUACAAAUACCUAGGUGUCUGGUUAGACUGUAAACUCUCCUUCCAGACUCACAUUAAGCAUCUCCAAUCCAAAGUUAAAUCUAGAAUCAGCUUCCUAUUUCGCAACAAAGCCUCCUUCACUCAUGCUGCCAAACAUGCCCUCGUAAAACUGACUAUCCUACCGAUCCUUGACUUCGGCGAUGUCAUUUACAAAAUAGCCUCCAACACUCUACUCAGCAAAUUGGAUGUAGUCUAUCACAGUGCCAUCCGUUUUGUCACCAAAGCCCCAUAUACUACCCACCAUGGUGACCUGUACGCUCUUGUUGGCUGGUCCUCACUACAUAUUCGUCGCCAAACCCACUGGCUCCAGGUCAUCUAUAAAUCACUGCUAGGCAAAUCCCUGCCUUAUCUUCGCUCAUUGGUCACCAUAGCAACACCCACCCGUAGUAUGCGUUCCAGCAGGUAUAUCUCACUGGUCAUCCCUAAAGCCAACACCUCCUUUGGCCGCCAUUCCUUCCAGUUCUCUGCUGCCAAUGACUGGAACGAACUGCAAAAAUCUCUGAAGCUGGAGACUCAUAUCUCCCUCACUAACUUUAAGCAUCAGUUGUCAGAGCACCUUACCGAUCACUGCACCUGUACACAGCCCAUCUGAAAUUAGCCCACCCAACUACCUCAUCCCCCUAUUGUUAUUAAUUUUGCUCAUUUUCACCCCAGUAUCUCUAUUUGCACAUCAUCUCUUACACAUCUAUCAUUCCAGUGUUAAUACGAAAUUGUAAUUAUUUUGCACUAUGGCCUAUUUAUUGCCUUACCUCCAUAACUUGCUACAUUUGCACACACUGUAUAUAUAUUUUCUGUUGUAUUUUUGACUUUAUGUUUUGUUUACCCCAUAUGUAACACUGUGUUGUUGUUUUUAUCGCACUGCUUUGCUUUAUCUUGGCCAGGUCGCAGUUGUAAAUGAGAACUUGUUCUCAACUGGCUUACCUGGUUAAAUAAAGGUGAAAUAAAAAUAAAAAAAUAAAAAGGGAUAGUUAACUCAUCUUUUAGUAUUUUGUUCAUUAGUCCACUGUUAAUAUAAUCAUCCCAACAUUUCAAAAUAGAGCGCUUUCAGUACAGAGCAAAAACUGUUAUGAUGAUGUGGGCAGCAUCUCAAGAAUAUGAAUGCGGAACCUACAUUGUCUUCAAUGAUGAUUUCCGAGAAAGUCACGUCCUUGAUUACAAUGUAGUGAUAUUACUACUUGUUGCUGUAUGUUUGCAUCUAUUUCUUGAACCUCUCUGAUGAUGUGUGCAGGGUCUCAGUCUCCUGUGGUGUCCAGCCCCUCUCUCAGCCUGGAGGAGAAGACCACCAGGAGCCGUCUGGACCCACUGACACCAAGCAAAGGGAAAGAUCCCAGAAACUCACCUGAAAACAGGUACUAACCACCUCUCUGCCACUGUGUUCCUCUGGCUCCGGGGUGAAGUUUCCCCUAGGUACAGAUCUGUGUGUGUGUGUGUGUGUCUUUGUGUCUGUGUGUGUGUCUGUGUCUGUGACGGCACUCUUCGAAAAAAAGGUGCUAUUUAGAACCUAAAAGAGUUCUUCGGCUGUCCGCAUAGGAGAACCCUUUGAAUAACCCUUUUUGGUUCCAUGUAGAACCCUCUGUGGAAAGGGUUCUACAUGGAACCCAAAAUAGUUUUACCUGGAACCAAAAACAGUUCUCCCAUGGGGACAGCCGAAGAACCCUUUUGGAACAGUUUUUUCUAAGAGUGUGGUAAACUAAAUCCCCACUGUGGGUCUGACUCUGUAACUCAGUGAGGCUGGCUCUGGUUGGCUGGCAGCAGCUGCUGUGACUGCAGACAGCAACACAGCUGGGACUCCUACACAACCCACAGGGAUCACUGCACACCCCUCCCACCCCCAAGAUCCACCCCUCCAUCCCACAAAAACCACCCCUCCGUCGAUAAACUCUUUCACAACCCUAACUUACCCCCCAACCCCACCCCUCCUCCGCCAGAACACCACUGGAUUGGGCUGGGGUAUGUGUGUGGAUCAAUCGAUGGACAACACAUGUAGAAGUAGCCUAUCCUAGUUGCUUGCUCUAUGGCUGUCCAUUCAUGUGAAUGGUAGCAAGAGCUUACUGUGCCGUACUACGCACACACGCAUACACUCACAUACAUACACACACACACACACACACACACACACACACACACACACACACACACACAUACAUACUCACACACACAGUAGUCAGGUCUUAUGUUUAGUAGAUGUAUUUCUGUGUGACUCAGCCGUGGAUCAGAGAGAGGUCAAUUUGUCCACUCCCUUUAGCAUCCACCUCACCUCCAACACUGCCUGGGUCAGUUCACUAUGCUCCUCCCUGUUAUUCUUACAGAGAAACACAGGACAACAAAGACAGCAGGAUACUACAUGAACCUGUCUGGUUUCUUCAUCUCCUUUUAAGUGUCAUUCUCUGGUGCAGGUGUUUUACUGGUGUGAAUCUCUCUGGAGGUGCAGGCGUUUUACUGGUGUGAAUCUCUCUGUAGGUGCAGGCGUUUUACUGGUGUAAAUCUCUCUGGAGGUGCAGGCGUUUUACUGGUGUGAAUGUUUAGUAACUCUGGCUCUGUUUGUAGGUGUUUGUCACAAUCUGUUGUUCUGUUUUUUUCUACCAACAUCUACCUAUUUUUACACUGUUAUUGUAUCUCAAUGUGGGAUCUGUGUUUUCUCUACUAACCCAUGUCUCUUCUCCCCAGUUCUACAGAGCCCUCUGCUGAGAAUAGCCCAGAGAAGCUCAAGGCCAAGGUAUGUGUGAAGAGAAGUCCAAACGGUGUGUCUGUAGUGGUACUAGACUAGCCAGGUCCCAAGCUGUACGCACAGUAACUCUUCUGUCCUUGUAUAGAUGAUAGGCUGAUGAUAGGCUGAUGAUAGGCUGAUGAUAGUGUGAAUUCAUUUUACAGUUGGCUUCAGCACAGACAGUAUGGGUACCAGGCUAGUACUGGACCAUGAGGGUUUAAACUAUUGACAUUGAUUCAAUACUGUAGACUCUGGCUGCGUCCCAAAUUGCACUCUCUUCCCUACAUAGGGUCAAAAGUAGUGCACUAUGUAGGGAAGAGAGUGCUAUUUGGGAAACCGACAUUGAUUCGAUACUGUUGGCACGGUGAACAGAAACAGGGCAUCUACAUGAUAAUACGUAUUGUGUGCUAAUGCAGAUAAUACCUAUAGGCUAUUUAUUAUGUUGCAUAUUGUUUGUUCACAUUGCAUUGAUUUAACCUGUGUCUGGUUUUGAUGCGUUUAACAGAAAUCUCUUACAUGGCCCCACUUCUUAUCCUAUUCAUAUUACUUGGUAUUGUAUUUAUUUUUGUUUGCUCCAAUCAUACCCAAUCAAACAAGUACUGUACAUCACAGGAGGUUGGUGACACCUUAAUUGGGAGGACAGGCUUGUGGUAAUGUGGAAUGGUAUCAAAUACAUCAAACACAUGGUUUCCAUGGUUUCCAUAUGUUUGAUGCCAUUCCAUUCGCUCCGUUCCAGCCAUUAUUAUUUUUUACAUUUUAGUCAUUAACAGACACUCUUAUCCAGAGCGACUUACAGUUAGUGAGUGCAUACAUUUUUCAUACUGGCCCCCCGUGGGAAUCGAACCCACAACUCUGGCGUUGCAAAUGCCACGCUCUACCAACUGAGCUACAGGGGAGCCGUCCUACCCUCAGCAGCCUCCACUGAUGUACAUAGCAGGGCAUGACAUGGUCUAAGUUAAUUUCAGUAAUUUACACAAAUAUAGAGCCAUAUUGGAUUAGACUUAAGUUAAUUAAAUCAAAUGGAAAUCUGACCAGUAAUGAAUCAAUCAUCAUUUCUUCAAGAAUGUGAAUCAUCAUUUAUUUAUUUAUUUUAAUUUCAGAGGUUGGGUUUUUCUCUUUCAAUCACAUUAUCUGGCUCUCAAUUUGUGACUGGCUGUUUGAUUUGUACAUAGUAAUUCAUUAGUUAGAUAUUCUCUAGCCACUGAUGUUAUCAAUCAAGGUAUAGCAAUGGGGAAAUCACUUCAAUAUAAUAUCCAAUUUCUUGCAUAGUACCUAGUCUUUCAUCCCUGAUACAUAACCCUAAGGCAGGCCUAGGCAACAGCGAUUUUGUUUUGCCCCCCAAAGUUUUUAGUAAAGGAAUACUUUAAAAUCACCAGGAAUUCAGCUUAAAAUGUGUUUAAUUUAGGAAAUCUGUUCCCAAGUAUUCCCACAAAUAAAAAAAGAGACGCGAUCGUGUGUCAAUGUAAUCAAGGUAUGAAAUGAUUGUUAUUUUUCUGGGCUUAGUUGUGGUCAAUUUGCAGUGUACAAAUCAUUAUAAUAAUUUUCUGGCCCCCGACCAUCCGCUCCAACAAAAAUCGGCCCGUGGCUGAAUCUAGUUGCCUACCCCCUCCCCUAAGGUGAGGUUCAAGUGCCGUAUCUCUCUCUUCUCAUAUUAAGAUGCCCCCAGUCUGUCUGCCAGACAGCGUUUAUUAUUGUUAUCACUGGGGAUAGGCAGAACUACUGAGGUCUCACAGGUAAACACACACACAUAAACACACAUGCACAUGUGUGUUCACUCACACACACACAUAUGCAUGCGGUGCACAUACACACACACAGACAGACAUAUGCACACACAUACACACACACACACACACACACCUCUAGGUCAAGAUGACUCAGUUCAGCUACAGAUCCCCAGACAACUCAAACCACAGUAAAAUUGCACAUUUAACUUCAUUAUGCAGUAUAAUAUUAAAGUUAUAUUUCAUUACGUCACAUACAUUUUUUUAUCAUUGAAUAAUACAAUACGUCCAUGAAUUAGCCAUAGGUCCGCAGAAUAAUCCCCACUACUUUUGAUCAGGGCCCAUUGAGCACUAAAUAGGGAAUAGGAUGCCAUUUUGGAUGUAAACAAUGUUUUGACUGAGGACUAAUAGACUUCUGCAUGGUGUUGUUCUCCAUAGGGUCCUGUGGUGAAGGAUGAUCUGAGUACCAGCAGUAGCAGCUCAGGGGAGGUCAGUGGUCUGCUGACUGAAGCCAAGAUGUCCGGUCGCUCACACACCCUGGUGCUCUCCUCAGACGAGGUGAGAAAGAAAGAUUUGAUCUUACAUAAAGUAUCAACCCAGUAUCAACAAUGGCCUGUUCCCUGUUUAAUUCCUUACAACUUAUAUUCAAUUUAACUAACUUUGAUGUAAGCAACUGUAGGUUCACUAUUCAGCCAUUUUGGAUCUUGUAUGUACCCUGCAGGGUUUCCCAAACUCGGUCCUGGGGCCCCCCCUGGGUGCAGGACCGAGUUUGGGAAACCCUGCUGUGUGCCCUGUCCCGCUGCUGCUACUGUGUUUUUGUGUUAACUGGCCUCUCCUGUCCUGUUGUCCCCCUUGCUGCUAUGUUCAGAGUCUGGAUAUGAUAGAUGAGGAGGUGAGAUCAGGCUCUGAACGGCCACCAAGGCUGCUAAAAGGAAAUGUGUUUACAUCACACGCAUGCCUCCCAUCCGUCAAUAAUUCUCAUAUUGUUUUAACAUACCGGUAGAUACUCCAAAACCUUGGAGUUCAUGUCUCUUAUGUGAUGUUCAGUCUUCAGCAUGCUGUCAACUUCUAUUCUUAACAUUUAGAAAUUAUUCAUUUUAAAAUCACCCAUCACUAUGUGUUUGCUCUCGUCGCUGCAUGUGGAGACAGAAAUAAUGGUUUUAGAAAGCUUGGUUCUCUGUAGACCUCCAACCGUGUGUGUGUGUGUGUGUGUGUGUAGAUCCUAGAUGAGGGCCAGUGCCCCAAGCAGCACCAGUGGCAGAACCUCAUUGUGACAGAGUGGACCUCCCAGCAGGUGUCCCGCUGGCUCAUGGGACUAAACCUGGAGCAGUACAUCCCAGAGUUCACGGCCAAGAACGUAGACGGAGACAAGCUACUGCAGCUGGACAGCAAUGAGCUAAAGGUAAAGGGCUGAAGCCUGUGUUAAUGUGCAUAUCCAGCUGUGUUAGUUACUUCGGGAUUCAAUCCGAGUUGCGCUAUAGAGCACCGCACUAUACAGUCGACGAUGCGCCUUUUAAAAGCAUUUUCCCCAACAUUCGCCGAGAUCGCAUUCAUGGUAAAGCAUCAUGUCAGCUCAAAUGUAAAAGUCUGAUAAAGUGCGCUUCUCUACAACGUGCCUUGGAUUGAAUCCUGGCCUUAGUUCCUAGUUAGUUACUGGUAAGUUACUAGUAUAACCUUGUUUACAUUUUGUCAUAUUAGGGUGUUUGGUGAAACCCGCCAACCUAUAAGUAGUUUAACGUUUGAAUAUAGUAAUUGAUUCUGAAUAAAUUUCUGUCAUUAGCUUCUAUACUUGCCCUGAAGCUUUGAAACCAAAGAUAUUAACUGUAAAAAAUAAAAUAAAAUAAAUAAAUAAAAAACAGGCAGGCAGGCAGAAAUUGUUACAGCUCCUGAUGUAUUUUAUUGGACCAUAGCUGCUGCGUUCCAUUCCCUGGACUUGAUUUCCCUUACUGAUAUGCACCUGUUCACUCACAUCCCCUCCAUAUCUGAUCCCUGUCCUGUAUGUGUGUGUGUGUGUGUGUGUGUGUGUGUGUGUGUGUGUGUGUGUGUACAGACCCUUGGCGUUGCCUCCUCCCAGGACCGGGCUCUGAUCAAGAAGAAGGCAAAGGACCUCAAGGUCCUGAUGGAGAAAGCUCGGAGGAACCGGGAGAAACUGGACAAACAGCGAGAGAAGCUCCGUAAGAAAGAGCUGGAGCAGCAACAA